AUGCCAACCUUAACUGAUGAGGAAGAGAAAUUCAUGGAUAGUCCUAUCACCCCAGAGGAAACAGUCGUCAAAAACCUGAAGCCACACAAAGCCCCAGGCACAGACAGCUUUACAGCAGAAUUCUAUAAGAAAUUCAAAGAACUCCUGAUGCCCUACAUGACCCGCCUAUUCAAUGACAUCAUAAAAGGGGGCCCCAUUCCAAAAACCUGGACCUUCUCCAAGACAGUCUCCAUCCCAAAACCUCUGAAAGACAGCAUCAAAGUAGAAUCAUACCGCCCAAUCUUAUUAAUAAACCAAGACUACAAGAUAUUCACAUCAAUCUUGGCCAACCACCUAAAAAAUUUCCUACACAAAAUAGCCUGAGACCAGACUGGCAUCAUCCCAGGUCGCAAUAUAACAGACCCCAUCAGGAAACUACUAAAUCUGAUUGCAAGGCAACUAAACUCCCACUGACAAUUAUGUCCCUAGACAUCCUCAAAGCUUCUGAUUGCUUAGAGUGGAAAUACCUACUAGCAGUACUAACUAAUAUAAAAUUUGGUCCCAAAUUCUUACAAACCCUCAAACAAAUAUACCAUAGCAAUCCAAAGAGGCGCAAAUCAAGGAUGCCCACUAUCUCCCUUCCUUUUCACCCUGACUCUGGAACCCUUAGCAAUCUGAAUAUGAGCAGCCACAGACAUCAAGGGAGUGGAAAUAAAAGGCAGAACCUAUAAAUUAGGGCUCUUGGCAGAUGACCUAAUGGUCACAACAUCAGACCCCAUAAACACAGCAACCUCCCUAAUCAGAGAACUCAACGCAUUUGCAGUGGUGUCGGGCCUACAGGUAAAUUUUGCAAAGUCUGAGGCUAUGUGCUUCAACACCCACCCUCAUACCCAAAAAUAAUUCUCCAACAUCACCAAGAUAAAACUUUGCCGCACCAAGUUCAGAUAUCUAGGGGUACAAAAAACCAGAAACCUCAACAAAUUAUACCUCCACAACUACAACCCCUUGUGGUGACAAAUCAACAAAGACCUGAGGAGAUGGAACAACACCAACUUCACUCUCUGACAAGAUAUCCAUGAUCAAAAUGAUCAUCCUCCCAAAAUUAACCUACCUAUUCCAACCCCCCCCCCCCAUCUGGAUUAUCCCAGCCCAACUUCACAAAUGGCAGAAAAAAUUACAUUCAUUUAUCUUCUCACACAAAAAACCAAGAAUAAGCCCCAAAUACCUGGACCACCCCUCCUCAGAAGGAGGAUGGGGAAUCCCAAACAUGGGAGCAUAUUACAUCACAUACACAGCCCAACAAAACAAGAACCUGCCAACAGCAUGUGAAUCAAUCUGGCUAACCUGAUCCAAAAAAAAUCCAAAAACACCCCCCCCCCAUUCACACAUGAAAACAAAUUUCUCUACAGCCAGUCAAAGACAACCAACCACACCUUAAGCCACCCCCGAACCUCUCUCACCACCAAAGAAAUACAAGCGGAUAAUAAAGAGAACCCACACAAGUGACGCUGACACAAAACCCCACACAUACACUACGUAGAAUAGAAGCAUUGCCACCCACUCACCAUUCCCCCCUCCACCUCUUUCCCCCUUUGCUUCCUAAUGUAACACUAAUGUCUCAACAAAUGAACCUGAUCUGCAGAAAACGUAGCUUGAAAAAAGAAACAUUGCACACACUUUUGUAAACCAAGAAAUCUUUAAUAAAAAUAUAUUAUAAAAAAGGAGAUAAUUGGGAUAAAAGAUAUCAGAGUUUCCAGGUAAAUUUACCAAUGAGGGCUUAAUUAAUUGGUUCCUAGCUUGCUUAUAGGGACACGGGUGGCUCUGUGGUCAACCAGAAGGUCAGCGGUUCGAAUCCCCACAACGGGGUGAGCUCCUGUUGCUCGGUCCCAGCUCUGGCCAACCUAGCAGUUCGAAAGCACCUCAAAGUGCAAGUAGAUAAAUAGGUACCGCUCUGGCGGGAAGGUAAAUGGUGUUUCUGUGAUCUGCUCCGGUUUCGCCAGAAGUGGCUUAGUCAUGCUGGCCACAUGACCCAGAAACUGUCUGCGGACAAACGUUGGCUCCCUCAGCCAGUAAAGCAAGAUCAGCGCCACAACCCCAAAGUCGUUCGCGGCUGGACUUAGCUGUCAGGGGUCCUUUACCUUUACCUUUUUAGCUUGUUUAUACAGUCCACAGUGUGGUAAAAAAUGUUUCAUGCAAUCAACAGCCUGAGAACAUAAACGGAGACUAUUCUGGUAAGGUAUACCAGUCAGUCUGCCAUUUACGACUUCAGAUGGGAAUACAUUUAAUCUAGCUUUGGUACUAACAAAUUCGUAAGAUAUGAGGGUAAACAGAAAACACGCCCAUAGUGAAUUCUGGAUGCAAAUGGUCCUCAGGUUACAUAUGAUCAAGAAUGAAGAUCGCUGUAUGCAAUAUCUGCCAUAGCCUCUGCCUCAAGGAUUUAAGGGCUAUCUAUAUCAUAACCCAAAUGCGACAAAAAGGACGGUGAGAGCACAGUUGAGGAGGCUUUCUGGGCCAUACUUUUCGACCAAGGGCUGAUAAACCCCUCAUUGGAUAAAUGUCCCAGUAAUCCCUUAUCCAGGCCGAAACGGACAUCUUUAAUCAGUUCAGCUAUACCUUGGUUCUUGAACGUAAUCCAUUCUGGAAGUCCGUUUGACUUCCAAAACAAUCGAAAACCAAGGCGCAGCUUCCAAUUGGCUGCAGGAGCUUCCUGCACUCAAGUGGAAGCCGCAUCGGAUGUUUGGCUUCCGAAAAACGUUCAAAAACUUACUUCUGGGUUUUCAGCAUUCGGGAGCUAAAAUGUACGAGCACCAAGGCGUUCAAGAACCAAGGUAUGACUGUACAGUGGUACCUUGGUUUUUGAACAGCUUAGUUCAUAAACAACUUGGAACUCAAACACCGCAAACCCGGAAGUAGGCGUUCCAGUUUGCAAACUUUGUCUCAGAAGCUGAAUGUCUAGUGCGGCCUCCGAUUGGCUGCCGAACGCUCCUGCAGCCAAUCGGAAGCCAAGCCUUGGUUUCUGAAUAUUUCGGAAGUUGAAUGGACUUCCGGAACGCAUUCUGUUUGAAAACCAAAGUACGACUGUAUUUCAAAACAGCCCGCCACACUUGGAUGGAAAGAAGUCAUUCAUCAGUUUCCAGAAACAGAACUGAAUCAGGAACACAAAAUAACUUUGCCUGGAACCUGUCUAGCUUUGGAAAUGAACCACAGUACCAGACAUUUGCAGCAUUUAGGAGUUGGGAAACAGAUUUUGCAUUAAAAACUCUUAUAGCUGAUGGAACAUACUGACCUCUAUGGGGGGGGGCAGAGCAUAUUGCAAGUUUGCUCAUCUCCACCUUCUGACAGCUAAUCUGCCAGUGGAAGCUCCAAGGCUUUGUGCGGUGAAGCAACAACCCUAAGUACCAGAAACAUUUAGUCUGCUCUAAAUUAUGGCUAAUACCUAUUUAGAAGGGGAAUAACUUUCCAUGAAGACAGGUGCUAGGAGCACCCUUAGAGGUAACUUCAGGGAGGCUUUGCAUGUCAUUUGCCUGAGUUCUGUGAAAAAAACCCACUUUCCACAACUGGAAGCAAGUGAGAAAACUAGGCAUGUCGCCUGGUAAUGUUACUUCUGUCACUAUGUAUAAAAUCAUGCAUAUGUACAAAUCUGUUGUCAAAGCAAAUGUUCCUGUAAACAACUUCAAAAGCAUCCAUAUGUACCCCAAACACUUUCUCAUAGCUGCUGUCUUGAACACACAUCUAGGCACAUCUCCUUGGCACCCUUACGCCAGAACCCUCUCCCUGGAGCCCCCCCCCCGCCCCCAUCUCUGGCUUAUCGCAGGAAGCUUCAACUAUAGGCAGCUACUUCCACCGCCCCCGUUAUGACACUCGCUUCUCCCCAUGUUCCUGAUGGCUACCCUCGAAUCUUCCUUUAUUAUUACUUGUAUGAUUACCAGUGCCCAUGGCCCAUGACGGAGUCACUCAAAGCAGAGGGAUUCCUGGGAUCUGUUAGAUUCCCCUCCCCUGCAAUAACGUCGCCCGCAUCACCUGCUUGCUGAGGAAAGACUUCGCUGGCGGCGUUCACUCGCCUUUGCCCCAAUGUUGCGGCGCAACUUCGACAGGGUUUUUUGUGUCUACACAUGGUUUGAAUGGAUGCAGGAAUGGUAAAAUGCGCAAGUUCAAAAACUUGGGCUUACUUGUGAGGAAGAGAGAGGUGGUUGCCCCAAGUGCUGCCGUCCUAUGCCCGCUUCUUUCCACGGGAGUAAUGCCACUGAACUGGGGGGGGGGCAAGCUCCUCGGGGCAGAGACCCCGGCGGAAGCCCCCCUCAAGGCUCUCGGCCGCUGCCCGGCGCCGCCAGAGAGCGAGCCGACGGACCCCUCCCCCCCCCGCCUACUCUCUGGCGGAGCCGCCGGAGGAGCCGUUGACGGCGGCGCGCCUCCCGACGGAGGAGCGGGGGGGCCGAGAGAGGGGCUCCCGAAAGACACGCGGGCGCGCAGCAUGGCGGAGGGGGAGGGCGGGGAACUCUCCCCCCCCCCGCGCCGCGCGCGAGAACAAAGAGCUUCUCCCGCCGCCCUUUCCCGCCCGCACGUGGGGGGCCGAGCAGGCCCCUGGCCCCGCCUCCCGCAGCCGCCGGUUGGUGGGUUGCGCGGCGCGCGCGCGGGCGGGCCCGUCCAAUCGGGGCGCCGGCAGGCCCUCGCCAAGGAGCGCGCUGCCCAUUGGGCCGCCGCCGCCGCCGCCGCCGCCGAGUUUGCCGCCCGCGCUCUUGUCCUGAGCGGGAGGAGGAGGAGGCGGAGGAGGGAGAAGGCGCGCGGAGACGCGGGCGGAGAGCGAGGGCGCCCGAGGGAGAGAGCGAGGCCGGCGGCGGCGGCAGAGGGCGCGAGGGUGAGCGGCGGGCGGGCGGGCGGGCGGGCGGCCGCCUGAGGGGGCGCGGGGGGGGGGCUGAGGGGCGGGGGCUGCCCUCCGGGAGAGAGCGCCCCUCCCCCUGCAACUGCCACGGGCGGGGGGGGCGGGGCGCCGCCUCUUCUUCGGGGAGCAGCAGGUAGGGAGGGGGCGCCGGGCACGGGCGGGGGGGGUCCGGAGCCUCCUUCCCUCCCGGGGCGGGGGGGGGCAGGGGCGCUUCCUCCCAGCCCGGGACGCGGCGGCGCUGGGCUCGGGCGCCGAACUGUCCUUUGUUUGAAUGGGCGCCGCCUCCGCGCGCCCGAGGAAGCUGCCGAGCGGGAAGCCCGGCUCCGAGCGAGGCGUCCCUGCCGCCGCCGCCGCGCCCUUGCCUGCUUCGUUGGGCGUCGGGGGUGGGGUGAGGGAGGGGACCCUCCUCGCACCUGGCGGACCCCGGAGCAAGGGGGGCUUCCAUGCAUUCGCCGUGCGCUGGCUACUCCUCAGACAUGCUGCUUUUCAGUCUCAAAAUGCUAAUCGCUAUAAUCGGGAUUUACCUUUUCUGGGGGGAAUCCAGUAAGUGCAAACCCCGCCUCUGAUUCACCUCAGUAGUGCCCCCGCACCAGAGCACCCCAGGACGCCUCAGCCUUUUGAAUCGAAGGUGCUUUCCCACUUUACCAGAAGCAUGAUGGGUGAUGCCGGUGGAAGAAUUUUGAAUAAGUUGUUGCCGCUACUGUUUCCAAAAUUGAAAAGCCUUGCGUAUCAAAGCAGAUCCUGUACAUGUGUACUUCAAAAUAGACAUGCAUAGGAUUGUGCUGCAAGUCUUUUGUGUGACUGGUAUUGGUAGAAAAGAUUAAUAUAAUGCUUGCUUUAAAGUAAUCCAGAAUUUUGUUAACCCGGAGGAUGGAUUUAAGCAGAUCCAGUCCUGCUGAUGGCAGUGAUAGUUCUUAAUUUUUGUGGCUGGUGUGAAGCCUGAAAAUACAGUGUAGCCCAUUGUGGGCUUUCACUAGAAUUUCCAUCAGUGGAAGUCCUGACAUUCAUCUGAUGGCUGCAACUGUGCUUGAAGGUGUCACUUGAUUAAACAAACAAUGGAUGGAUUUUAUGUCUGCAAAUGAAUGAGCAACAUGGAAAGGAAAACAUUUGCUUUUAGAUAAUGCCUGUAUAUGUCGCAGUAGGUACCAUCUCAGAAGUAUUUUAAUUAAUAAAUAACCAUGUGUAGAGGGGGGGAGUGAUUGUUUUUGUUUGUUACAAUGUUAGUAUUCUUGUGUUUUUAUAUUGUAAACCAACCUGUGAUCCUCAGAUGAAGGGUGAUACAGAAAUUUAAUAAAUAAAGCAAAAAUUUCUUGCUGUAGGGUAAGGAAGAAUUCCUGUUCUAAGAAGCUAGCUGCCAUCAGCGGUUUUUGUAAGCUUUAUAUGAAAUAGAAAUCAGACUGGAGUCCUAGGCAUACAUUAUUUCAGAGCUUUCCAAACUGUGUGUCAUGACACACUAGGCUGCAGUGUGCAGGUGUGUUGCGCGAAUGCCCCACCCCCUGCUCCUCUCAGGGCUGGAAAGGUGUUAGUUUAACCUGUGGUUUGCUAGUAAAACUGAAUUACUGUGUCAAGAAAUGAUGCAUGUCCUAAAAGUGUGUCACCAACAUGAAAAGUUUGGAAAGCUCUGCAUUACUUGCUAAGGAGUAGGCCUAAUUGAACUCAGUUACUUCAGAGUUGACAGGUGUAUUGUUGUAUUAUCAGUUUCUUUUAAAAAAUGUGCUGCCAAGUUGAUCAGGAAUAAUCAGAAGAUUUUUGGUUGGUCAACCAAUUAACAAACAUUGCAAGCUUUAUUAAACUGGUAUCACUUUCUAGCCCACUUUAAUAUGUUCCCACAAAGCUUAUUCUUGCGCAAUAUAAAAAUAAUUUUCUCUCUCUCCCCGGUAUGUUUAGUAGGUAUAACAAUUUGAUGUUUCUAAAAUGGGUAGGCUAAUGAAUUGAACAAAAUGAGCAUGAUACUUAAAAGGAAAUAGCAUGUCCAACUGUCUUUCUUUGUGGUUUUUAAAGAUACCACAUUGUGAAGAUAGACAUUACUUUUCUUAGGCAGCAACACUAAUUUUGAGAGAAGCCAGCUUAACUGUGUCCUAGUGCCACUGUUACUCAUUGUGGAAAAGUCACAAGGAGGAUGUUUAGUUUGAUGCACGUUUAUAGAGUAUGCCUAAUUGGCUGUGACUUUCUGUCAUCUGAUAUAUUUCCAGUAUAUACUGUUUACUGGCAACAUACACACGUUUCACUUGUGCAAAUUCAGCUUGGCCAAAUAUGUAAAAAAUCUGCCAUUGCCCUCAUCUUGGGAGAGCAUUCAGAGGUGCAGGUAGAGUACAUUUUUUGACAAUAUGCAAUUUUGUUCAGGAAGCUAUCCGCCAGCCUUGGGAGCCACGCGCGACUUCCCGCCGGGCUCCCAAGGCUUGUGGACAGAAGCCUGCAGCCUGAAACCCGGGGAGUGCAGCGGAGCUACUUCCGGUGCUCCUCCAACCCGGAAAUGGGCAGCCACGCAGCACAGCGCCGGUAAGAGUGAGCGGUGGCAGCGGGCGGUGGGGGUCACCAUGGGCCGGAUAAACGAGUCCCGCGGGCCUUAGUUUGGGGGCCCCUUGUAGGCUGCCAUCUGUGGCUGAUAGACUGCAUUUGAAUUUGGCAGUCACAAGUUCUGUGAAUACAUUCGAAAGCCUAAGAGGCAACUGCAUUCAUUUCACAUAACAGUUUCUCAUUUAGGGGAAGUUUUUGGCAAUUAUGUAUUGCUGAGUAUUGCGGGGCAUGGUAGCACAUUCCUAAUGUGCGCUUGACUAACAUCUGUGUUCAUAAUCCACUAAAUAUUUUUAAACUUGCUGAUGUAAUAACAGAGCUUCCUUUUUCUAAAUAAUCAGCAAGCUAUUAUUGUAAUAAACUGAAAACGUGUACAUUGCAGUGCAUUUUGGUAUGCAAGGUGAGCGAGAUCCAUAGCACCCAGAAAUUGCCUCCUGUUUUCUCUUCCAUAUUUUCAAAUUCUUCUUGGUAGUAACUUCAAGAUUAGGAUCAGAAUCCAGGUAGCAGUACCUGGCCCUCUUGAAGCAGAGCAAUAGUUUAGUUAGUUGAUGUGACAAAGUGGCAGAGUUCAAAGUUUGACUUGGUUGCUUUUGGAUAAAGUGUUUCCGUAUGGAAUUCGGGGAGAGGAAGGAAUACGGACUUAAUGGCCAGUGGGGUGUGGAGAGAACAAGACCCAGAAGCUAUUAAUUUAUCACACAGUUUUUGUAAAAAUAAUAUGAUCCUGCUUAUUCCAAGAGUAUGUGUGUAGGUAGUUUUAAAAGUAGUUUUAAGAACUGUGUUAGUCAUAUUUUAAAAUCCUACAAACCUUGUUUAAAAUGAGCCUUUUAAGCGAGUUCCUUUAAAAAAAGAAGUCCCUAGUCUUCUAAAUUUCCUUUUCUUUCUCUUUUAACCUCUCUUCUAUUUCUUUUUUAAAAAUCUCUUACUUUAUUCCUUUCUUUCCCCCACCCCAAUGUUUUUAUUGUAUUUAGAUCAAAGUCAUAGUUUGGACAAAAAAUGGGAAAAGAUAUUUGAUAUUAAGUUCUGUAUUUUUCUCUAUAAAGCCUAAUAAAAGUUUUUGGUUUUUUUUUAAAAAAGGGGGGGGUUCUCUUGGAGCAUACCUGUGUAGUAUUUCAAAACAAUUGAGUUCCAUUAUCAGGAUCUAACUUGUGCUUAAUAGGAGCAAAAUAGAGCUUAAAAGGAAAGGGAGAGAAGUUGUUGGCUUGGCCCUGUUACUAGUUGUUAAGUCUGGCAUUUAGAUAUUGCUGCUGUUAAUCAAUAGUCUGGACUGCAUGGUGUUGCAGUGCGAGCCACAUACAGCCUCUGGUGGUCCCAUUUGUCGGUUGACUCAACAUAGCAUACAUGUGGUGGCCAUUAGGCAGGGUUUUUUAUUUGUUCUUUUUUCUUAAGAAAAGCAAUACAAAUGGUUGAAUAUUUAAGGUGAGCCAGAAUGGUUAUCAAAAUUAAGACAGCAUGGCAUGUUAGACAAUAGUUGUUCUUGCAGUCAUGAGAUGUGCAGAUUUCAACCCAAUAAGUAUGCAAAGAAACAGUACUCCCAAGUACUGUUAUUGAAAGGAUAAUCUCAAGGGCCAAGAGUCUAAGAAGAGGGCAUUGUGUUUCUUUGCAUAUUUAUUGGGUGGAACUCUGCACAUCUCAUGACUGGAAGGCCAGCAAGUGAAAUUGUACUAGAAAAUGAAUAGGAACUUAGCAGAGGGCAAUAAAAUAAGGUACCUAAGGAUCUUGAUUUGAGUUCUUCAGUUAACCUGCACUGUUGGUUGUCAUUUCCAAAAAGACCUAUAAUUGUAAUUUUAAUGAAACAGCAUUUCAUUUUAUCUUUGUGUCUGUUUUGGACAUUCCUCAAUCUGUUCAAAGAAAUGAAUAUGGAAAGUCAAUUUUUAUCAUAUUUUGAGGGGACUGUUUAUCAUAUUGUGAGGCAAUUCCCCAUUUGCAUGCUACCGAACACCCAUGCGGUGCCAGGAACCCAGAAGUGUAAACCAGAAAUGGGGAGCAUCCUGGAGAGUCCUCCUGGCUCACAAGGAGACCCUUCCCAGAACCCGAAGAGGACAUCCUCUUUGGGCUCUGGAGAGGGUCUCCUCAUGAGCCGGAGGGACAGUGGAUCUUGUUGAGCAGCUCCGCUGAUGCACGGGGAAGAAGAUUCCCCAUGCAUCCGUGGUGCAAGCCCCACUGCCCCUCCAGAGUGCUCCCAAUAUACGUGAUUUUGGUUACUCGCGGGGAGGCCUGGAACGUAAUCCUCACAUAUAUUGGUAGUUUCCUGUAUAUUUCCUUCUCCUUAUGAACAAUGUUACUAGCUGCUUCCACCACUGUAUGCCAAUUCCAUAUAUUCAUUAAAAUAGCUACAGAAACUUGCUUAUUUCAGAUGCAAUUAUAAUGUCUUCAUUAUUACAACCCAGGGCAUAGACAUGUCAGAGACCAGGCUGAGGAGUACUGCUCUGAUGAGGAAUGGUGAGAGCCUCUUCCUCCCCCUGCUCCUGACCAGGAUCCUGAAGCUGCCCAGGAGCAGUGGAACAAUAUAGAUUUAGAACAGUGGUUUUGCAGAGGAGCAUAGUUCUGAAGACAAAAGUUGCGGGCGAACGGGGGAGGGGGGGUGAACAGCAAGGUGAAGAAGAACUGGAAGAGAGAGCUAACAGACUCUCGCUGGAAAGUGUCCAGUCUAUCAGUCCAAGGUCACGUAGAGCAGAUAAGGUAGCUACAGAAAAAGCACAGACGUUGCGAGAUCAGGUUGCAAGGCACGGAAGUGACUAGGGGGGAAGUUGGUGGAAACCUUAAUUGGGAACAUCUUCAUUCUGAGAAUGGCUGCUUUGUUCUUUCGCUGUGAUCAUUAAAUAAUCUUUAAAUUGUAAGUGACUCUUUUCACUUUGUCCUGCUUAUCUACGGCCAAAGGUGGGGGAAGGAAGCUGUGUACCUGAAGCCUGACAGGACAUGAAGCAGAUCUACUAAUUACACAGUCAUUAAUGUGUGUGGUUUAUUUUAAUUUGGAAUCUAAUUAGGAAAGAAGCUAUAUUCUAUGUAACCCCAUACUAUGAAAAGCCUUCACUUUUAUCAUCCCUUUCCAAAAAGAAGUAGCAGCUGCCUGCUGUAUGUUUUCAGCUACUCACCUUCAUAGAAUCAUGGAAUUGCACAAAUUGGAAGGGACAACAAGGGUCAGCUAGUCGAACCCACUGCAAUGCAGGAAUCUUUUGCCCACGUGGGGCUCGAACCCACAACCCUGAGAUUAAGAAUCUCAUGCUCUCCUGACUGAGCUAUCCCAGUUCUCAAUUGUAGGUAAAGAAUUAUCUUAAUAUUCUUAUAAAAGCCUAUUACGUUUAAAAUAAAUAAUUGAGGGGUAUCAAUUGCUAACAUGCAGAUCACUUAUUUUAAGAAUGUUAAGGAAAGGCUUGUGUACUAUCAACUAUUUAUUUAUUUAUUUAUUUAUUUAUUACAUUUAUGUACUGCUGUUUUCUUCCAAAGACCUCAAUGUGGUCCACAUGAUUCUCCUCCCCAUUUCAUCCUCACAACAACUUGGUGAAGUAGGUUAGACUAGGAGAUGGUGACUGGGCCAAUGUUGCCCAGUGAGCUGCAGGGCUGAGUGGGGAUUUGAACCCUAGUCUCCCAUGUCCUAGUCCAACACACUAACCAUUAUGCCACACUGGCUCUUACGGUGUUAUUCUUACUUAGUUGUAAUGAAUUUAGUUUUGAAAAGAAGGCAAAGGCUAUGAUCUCUUUGGAGAUAGAUGGGGUACAUGUAAAAUACAAUGAUAAUGUGAUCUCCAGUUCUAUUUAUUAUUGCAUCUCAGGCCAUAUAUAUCUUCCAGCAUUCCAUUGUUUGCUUAUUGUAUAGGAUUUAACUUUACACAGACCUUUCUGUAUGGGUACAAAAAUAAUUUUACAAAUGUUAAAGGUAGCCCUGUUCUCCCAUAAGAAAAAAAAUCCAAAAUUCAUAUUAGCAUAGUAACUGUUUAUUUGCUCAAAGCAUGGGCAAGAUAGAGACCUAAAGGAAUACCGUGACAGUUCAUCUCCUUCCCUGUUAGUUUUGAACAUGCAUAUUGUCAAGAAAAAGCAGUUGCCUUUAAGAUCCUUUUGAAAAGAACAAACAUAGUAUAUGCAGAACUUUCAAACACCUAUCAUACCAACUCCUUACAUUAGAAAAAAAUUCAAAUUACUUCUGGUACCUUUUGUAGUCUACAUCUAAAACUCAAAACUUACUCUGAUGAGGUUUUAUUGCUAAAGUUGGUAUGUCACUGAAAAGGCACCAACCUUCUCAUUGCCGUUGCAGUUGUCACAUAGAUAUAUCAUUUGCAUCUCCUGCCUUGGCCACUGUCUCAUCUUUCUUAAUCUUUUAUCUUUACUUAAACUUUUUUUUAAAUGAGGUUGUAUGUAAAUGAGGUCACCAGGUUCAGAUAACAUUUUUAGCUGGGUUUUCUUUUUAAAUCUUGCACACACCUCUAAUUAUUAUAGAAGUUGAUAUACAAUGAUUCCUCUCCACUCAUAAAUUGGGGCUUGCAGUGUCUGGGCCGAGAAAGGGGUCAUUUUUGGGGGGGGGGAGGGGGGCAGCUCAAUGAAAAUGUGAAAAAGGCAGAUGCUAAGCAUGAGGAGGGAUCAUUAGGAAGGCGGAUGAAUAUAAAUCUGCCAGCAGCACAGUGCCAAAUCACAACAUCACAAUUGUUGGAACAGCUGAGAAGUGGGAAGGAGGCACAUAGCAUUUUUACUGCAGCCCGUACCUCCUGUAUCUGUCACCAGUGCCGGGGCUGUGAGAGACGUAUGUAGCAGCCACCCAGGGAGGACAUCCUGGCUUGUGUGAGACUGACACCUAGCCUCUUCAACAGCAGGAAAUUCAGCUCCAGAAGGAGAUUUGGCAUCCCAUGUGCUGUAAUGCUAAGAGAAGAAGAGGAAUGGGGACUUCAAUGCAUUAUUGCUCUGCUGUAGUAACUAUUAUACCGCCGUCUAUUUUAAUUGUUAUUUGAAUAUAUACAGGCAUUGCCCCCCACUUACACGGGGUAAUGGGCAGUGCCCCCGCAUGCAUCAGUGAAAUUGCAUAAAGUGAGGAGCAUCCUGCUUUAAUAGGGUGUGAAUGGAGGACCCCCUGGAAAUCUCUGCUUGGUAUACGUAGUGUUGGGCCAGAGAAUGAGAAACUUCCAUUGGAUUGUCUGCUGCAAAUGUUGCAAGUAAGUGCUCUAACUUAGAUAGGACAAGUGAAAAAUAGGCGAAGCUCUUGGCUUCCUAGAACAGGGGUUUCCAAAGCGUGGUCCACAGAUCACCAAAGGUCUGUGAGCUACACUUAGGUGGCAUGUGGCCCCAGCUCUGUGGAGCAGGAUAGCUGUGCAGGUGAGCAAUGGUGUGCUCCAUUGUUCUUAGAACGAGCAGAACGUGACCAAGGUGGCGAGGUGCCUUUUGUCUUCCCAGAGGGACAAAGCUGCAAUUGGUAGCAACAUGGGGGAUGGUCCCGACCGGGGAAAGAGGCUGACAAGGCACUUAAGGAGCAGAGUGUCAGUGCAUGGGCAGAAUGAAUGCUGACUCCGACUGAAGACUCAAGCUGACAUAGAUUACACCAAACAUUGAAGAAUGUUUAACAUCUCCAUUGCUUUUAAAUUGCUUUUAAUUGUAUUUGUACUUCUUUUUCUUACCAUGCUGAAUUCCAUAUCCUUUUUUUAAAAAAAAAAAAAGUUGAGCAUUUAGUGCAGCAGAUUACAAAUGGUAAACAACAGGCAGAAAAACCAUUAAGUGGUCUGCCAAGACACUUACCAAUUUUCAAGUGGUCUGGUUGAAAGAAAGGAGAACCACUGUACUAGAAUGAAAUGCUCCUGGUAGUAGUAAUUAAAGGGACAUGGAGUUGAGGACAGUGACAUUUACAUUGUGUACCUCGCUGCGUCAGUUUACUUACAUUAUUGAUGCUUGCGUGGCUUCUGGCUAAUACGUUCACCAUGUUCUAUAUGCAAUUCUAAUGAAGUUUAAAUUCUGCAGAAACGCCCUAAACAACUAGAGCUGCCGUUUAGUUCAUUUUCUUCAAACCCCACCCCUCAACAUAACCAUGAACUUUAUGGUCCUCUUAAUAAUACUUCGCAAGUUGAGUGUGCUCUCAUUUUGCCUGUUGAGAUUUUAUUUUUAUUUUUACAAUAAUUUCACUCUAGACGCACCAGAGGAUAGGAUGCACCCAGUUUUUAGAGGGGGAAUGCAAGAAAAAAAAGUAUUCUUUAAAGGGAGCACUGAGCAUAGCCUGUAUGCAUCCCAGGCUCUGCUCAGCGCUCCCUUUCACUAGCCGCGUGGAGUGUGUGUGUGGCACUUGCAGGCUUUCCCCCGGCUCUUGGGGGCUUUUCUGGGAGGUGGGAGAAGGGAUAGAGCCAUGCGCUCUCUCCCUUCCCCCACCUCCCGCAAAAGCCAGGGAUAGCUGCACGAAGCCUCCACAGGGCAGCGGGAUGAAGGCUCUCUGUGCCCUGCGGUGGCUUCUCGCGAAGCUAGAACAGCUAGAGGGAGCGCUGCGCAGUGCUCCCUCUAGCUGUUCUGGCUUCUGGGGUAGCCCGCAAAGCCUCCGCAGGGAAGCGGGAUGAAGGCUCCCCACUCCCCUGCAGAGGCUUCACGCAGCUAAGCUAGAAGCUAGAACAGCCAGCGGGAUCGCAGCGCAGCGAUCCUGCUCGCUGUCCUGGCUUCUGGCUUAGCAGUGCGCAGCCUCUCCGGGCAAGGGGAGCCUUCAUUCCCUGCUCGGGAGAGGCUGCGCACGGCUAAGGCUCCCCCAGGAGCCGCGCUCCCUUUAAAGAGCCGUGGAGUGUGUGUGCGGCUCUUGGGGGCUUUUCCCCGAGGAGGGAGAAGGGAGCAGAGCCUCCUGCCUGCAGUCACUCCAUAAGAUGCACACACAUUUCCCCUUACUUUUUAGGAGGGAAAAAGUGUGUCUUAUAGAGCGAAAAAUACGGUAUAUACCACAUUUAAGGUAGACCUCACAAGGCAGUUUACAUAACAUUAUUUCAAUAAUAAGCAUCAUUUUUUUAAAAAAAACUUGCAAUGGAAUGUAAAAGGCAACUUGUUUGUUUUGAAAAAAUAUGUAACCGCCCCUUCUUAUUUGGCUCAGGGUAAGAUGGUUCUGCCCUAUCCAUUCUUAAGGAAAUCAGCCCUGAGUGCUCACUGGAAGGACAGAUCUUGAAGCUGAGGCUCCAAGACUUUGGCCACCUCAUGAGAAGAGAAGACUCCCUGGAAACGACCCUGAUGUUGGGAAAGAUUGAGGGCACAAGGAGAAGGGGACGACAGAAGACGAGAUGGUUGGAAAUUGUCCUUGGAGCUACCAACAUGAGUUUGACCAAACUGCGGGAGGCAGUGGAAGACAGGAGUGCCUGGCGUGCUCUGGUCCAUGGGGUCAUGAAGAGUCGGACACGACUAAACAACAAAAAGAUGGUUAUGCAGACUUCCCUGGGGUAACAGAUGAUGGGGCACUAUGGGAGCUGCAUGGGGACAGUUCCUUAGACUUCUUUCUUUCUUUGAGCCAGCGAACUGGAAGGAGACACUGAAGGAAAUCAGUGGUCCCUUAGACAUUUGAGAACAUAGCUGGUCCUUGUGCGUAUCCUUGGUUUUCAGAUACCCUGUUUAUAAAAUGAUACCAAUGCCAUGGGAUGACUUUUUAGGCUUAACAUCUGGGUCUGGGAAAACUAAACAAAUCACAGUUUGUAUAUAACAGCCCUGUCUGUCGUCUUGCUAUUUUUUGUGUGAAACACAACAGUUUUGUGGAGGAGCAGAACAAAGAAGAGGAAACUUUUUCCCCCUUUGAUGCAAGUGAUGGGAAUACCGUCUCCAUUUCAAAUCUUAUCUGCUCUGCAGAUUAGCUCUGCCUGUUUUUCAGUAAUGUUUAUAUUUACUUUGAGAAGUUGUGAAUGUUGUUGCAGCUUUGCAGUCUGUUCUGCAGUGUUAACUAAUGUUCUGUAAAGGAACUUGUCCUUUUGUUUUUUACAGUGAAGUUAUUUCUUCUAUAGAAGUAAUACAGUACUAGAAUUUCUGUGCUCUGAAAAUUCAGGCAGAUGGUGUUUUCUUUCUUGAGCAUGCAGUGAAGCUCCCUAUGGCACAAAAAUGUCUUUACUUGAUGAAGAAGCUGCAGGACAUGAAAUGUAUAGGAAUUAAAUUAGUCAAAAGGGACUGAUACAGAUAAGAGGAUUGGAAUCUGUGCUGGUAACAGCCCAGGCCUGGACUUGUAGCCUUUUGAUUUGGUUUGCAUGAUGUCUGGGAUAGUCAUGGGCUGUGUUUUGUCUUGGUUCAGUGUGAGAAUGUUCAAGCCAUUUGUUGCUUUUUUAGAGAAGGUCUUUGUAACUGACUUAAGUAUUGACUGCUGUAUACCAAAUACAUGCAGAUAACAGCUUUGUAAUUGUCUGGUUCCUUUUUAAGUUAUUGGGGCAGUCAAGAGUUUCUGAAUGUAGCAUAAUUGACUUCCUUCAUUUUGGUUUGAUAUACUUUCUCUUUCUUAAACUUACUCAUUUGUAUAUUUCUGCUCUUUGGGUUUAUGCGAUAAUCAGAUUCAGAAUUAAUUGCUGUUUUGCAGAACAAUGCCAAUUAUUGUGCCAUCCAAACCCGAGAUCCAUUGGAGGGGGCUAGGAUACAGCAGAACUGGUUCUGUCCCAGAUACCAGGAAGGGACCUUUGGGCCUCCGGGCCUCUCCAGAGGACGGGAGAAACUGGCAUCCUCAGGAAUAGGCCUUUUUUGUACUAGAUUGUGGUGGCUAAACCUGAGGUGGUCCUGUGCAUUCGUGAUGGGGGCCUGGAUAAGGAGUGCAGCAGGAAAUGGUACACAAAUGCUGUUGAGAAGAAUAGCACCCUGGGCACCCCCCAUUGGGGAUUGCAUGUUCGAGUGAUGUAAUAACACUGUGUGCUUGGGAGAUCAAGUUUGUUCAGGCAUACCAUUCCAGGAGGCACUGAACAAGAAGGCACUCACACCUAUCAUGUCUUAUGAGCCAGUGCACGGCAGUGGUGUUGGCACCCUUACAGAAGGGACACACUAAUGGAGUGGGGAACACAGGUGGUGGAUACUGGGGUUACUUCAAGCAUAGUGGUCAUGCCUCUUCUCCUUCAGUCUUUUUGUCCAGUUCCUGUUAAUCCCAUGCUGACCCAGAAUGUCUAUGACAGUCAGCAGAAUGCUGGUGACCCAUCUGCACCUGUGAGCAUGGUGGUCCGGCAGAGGAAGUGGUGGAGGGUGUGGAAGCUGCCUGCCUGGUCUGCCCAUCCAUCCCUUUCCUCUUUUUCUUUAGAGCCCCAACAGUGAAAGUGAGUUUCGUGCAUGUCUUCCUGUGUUCCAGGGGUAGCCCCUAUGGGCUUCUUUGUUGGGCACAGGGAUGGUUCCCUGGACCCGGAUUAGUAAUGCCCCUUCCUUUGGUCCCCUUGCAGGCAUUCUUCCCAUCGGCCCAGCAGCCUUUGUGAACAUAGUGGCUGGGCUCCCUCCGGCUGCCUGCCUGCCUUCUCUGGCCACCCUCCCAUAGCACACACCAAUGCUGGUUCUCAUACUGACACUGCUCUGGGUAACCACAGAUGCCUCCAAAGCAGCUGUGAGGCAGAACCUGAGUGGCCAGUGGUGACUGUGGUAGAGUUGCACAGAGACAUUGCGGUGGGGCUCUCCUCGCUGCGGGGGGGGGGGAGGGUUCUGUGGUAGGGGAAGGUGGUGGUGCCAUGUCUGAUGCUGCAUAGCAACAAGGGUGCCAGAAUGCCCCUCUGAGCAGGCUGUGGAGCCAGGCAAUAGUCCACAUUUGCAUAAGGCAUUUUGUUUGCAGUAAAGGCUUGUUUUUGCAUUGGCCCCUGUGAAGUGCCAGGUUUCCUUGGUCUGAUGUGGGGAUCAUUGAGUGCUUGCACUGCUGGCAGAGCCAUGUGCAUGAGUUCUGCGUGUGCUGAUGGUUGGCCACGUGUGUUUUGAGUGAGGCAAGUGUUCCUUUUAGGUGGUGUGUUUGGAUUGGCUGGCAAUGGCAGCAUUGCUGUGAAUGUCAUGGGCCUGUGUUUGGGGCUUCUGCUGAGCUCUUAAGUUUUUAGCUGGCUUCAGAUUCUUUUUUCUCUGGCAGAGCGCAUGGAUUUUUUUUAGCAAAGUGGCCUGCUCAACUACAAGCUAAAUACUAAAUACUAAAGGCCCUUGUAUGUGUAAUUGAUAUAUCCGAAUAUUUUAAAUUUCCUAUAAUUUAAACUUUAAAAGCAUUAAGGCUUACUCAGCUCUGCAACCUUGUAAAUUUCUGUUGUGCCUUUCUUUCUAACACAAGCUUCCAUGGCAGCUAUCAACAUUUCUUCAUCAUAGUAAAAGAAUUAUCUACACAACUUAAAAAUGAUUUCUAAUUGGGAGGCCCAGGCUAAGUUAUCUUAGCACUGAGAUCAUCUCAUGUUUAAGAGUGAGGAUUGAUGUUCAUUAUAACUCUGCUAAUAACAGGUUCCUUUUCCCCACUCCUUGUGAGCACUCUGCAUUUGUGACUAAUGAAUUGCUGGAGUUAUUUGUCAUGACCAGAAACUGCAAUCUCUUAUCAACACGCAACCCACAUUUGUAAGAUUUGCAGUGGUGAAUCUAAGGAACGGAGCAGAAAACAGCUGCCGCACACUGAACCUCAACCUAAAUGUCAAGGAUUAUAUCUUGAUACUUCUGUGGUUUGUGGAACCCAUACUAUUAGAAUGGAGUGGCAGCAAAGCCUAGACUUAUUUACUACUAAGGCAGGGUUAAGGAUAGGACUCUGGAGUAUACUAUCAUUUGAAUUUUCCAGCUGAAAAAGUAGCACUGUAAUGUUGGAAAUGAGUGCUGCAGACGGGCUAUAGCCCGUUUCAGAUAUAGGCUCCGUUGCAUGCAUAAACAGACCCUUGGUGUUAGAAUAGAUAUCAGCCACUUAGUAGGCCUGACUGUGUUUGAUCAUAUAUCUAGGUUCUGUUCCUUGCAGGGAUAAUCAUGGGUCAGACCGGAAAGAAAUCUGAGAAAGGACCAAUUUGCUGGAGGAAGCGUGUAAAAUCAGAAUAUAUGCGACUUAGGCAACUCAAGAGAUUCAGACGGGCAGAUGAAGUAAAGGUAACUAAGACACCUAAUCCCAAUAAUAAGGUAUUAAGAUGACUCUUUUUCAGUAUGAAUUUGUUUUUAUACUGUAGUUUUGUAGUAAAAUAUUUUGCUUUUGACUUUCACCCUGUAUUCUCAUAAAAGGGCAACCAUGAGAGCAUUCAGCAUUAAAAUGAGGCUGUCCCUCGUUGAGUUUUAACAAUUGCUCAUGUUGUGAUCUAUUUAGUUCUGAUGAUACCCUGACUCUGGAAUACCCUUCUAGGGAGCCUUAACCAGUGCUGACAUUACAAUUUUUUUAGAACACCAGGUUUAAAAAGUUAUUCCCUUGGGCAUUUUAAAUUGUUGUUAUGGCCUCUGUUCUGCCUUUGUAUCUCUGUUUUGUUUUGUAUUUUUAUUGUCUCAAUCAGGAAUUACUGUGAAAAUAAGAAAGGGGGGGCACACACCAAAUGUUAUUCUUGCUCAGAGCACAAUAUUACCAACAAUGUACAACAAUAAAAAUACAUUAUAAUUCUAAUGCAACAGAAUAGCCCUCAAACAUUGAUAACAUUGACAAUUAUUAUUAUUAUUAUUAUUAUUAUUAUUAUUGCAUCCCCUUGGCUCCGUGCCCUGUGCAGGGGAGCUGCCUGCACAGCCCUAAAUCCAGCACUGCCUGGAAUCCAUUUGAGCAAAGGGCAGUCUAGAUAUUUUAAAAAUAAGUAAGUAAAUAGCUGUUUUCCAUUCAGUAUUGUUGUCCCUUUUAGAAAGAUUCAUAUACUGCAUUGGCAUUAGAAAAAGUUAUACUUAUAUAUGCAAAGUGCAUAAUAUCUUACCACCCUCAGUACAGAAAUUGGAUUUUUGCAACAGAGCAACUAUACUCUAAAGAGCCCAAUGGGAUUUCUGACUUUGAACAGUGGACAGGAAAUCUUGGGCUCAUUGGCCAGCCCCAAAUUAUAAUUACCAUAUAAUGCAAGUGGAGUAAGCAGAAUGAAUGGUGUCCUGCAAAAUUUAAUUUAAAAUAUUAUAUUUGUUGAACACAAAUUUAAGUACCUUCUAAAGGUGAUGCUUUAUUAAAACAGCUUUCAUCUUUUUGAACUGUUUAUUCACUUUAAUAUUGUUUGGAAAGAACUGUACUCUGUAACUUUUCAGGACCUCUUUCCCAUAGCAUCAGUCAGCCCUCCUGUUGCCAGUUGCUCCUAGAAGUCUGGGAACAUGGAGUGGCAUCUGGUACAGUGUGAGGGCCUGCGGUCAGAAAUCAAAGUUGUAGACAGUCCAAUGCUCUAGGUGCGAACAUGUGGUUCUUUAAUCAAUAUCUUAAAACAAUAACCCUGAUGGUAAGCUAAUAUUACCCAUAUAUUGCAAGGGGUGUGGGCUGUGAGAGAUGGUUGCCCAAAGCUGUCUGGAGAGAUUCCUAGUUCAUAAGUCAUGUUCUUAAGCUCUACAUGACACUAGUUCGCACCUGGUUUUGCUGUCUAUAGCAUUGACAUAAUGAAGUAUGGUAUUGUAUGUGCAUAGCUCUUGGUCCAUCUUUAUAUGCUGCUUAGCAAGUCUUGUGAUUGUCCAUAGUAGAAUGCCUAAAUUAGUUUACCUCUUAUUUUGUCAGAUGCAAUGAAAAUAUUCUAGUGGACUAUUUUUGAGAAAAGGUGUGUCUGAAAAUCAGUACGGGUCAAGAGUUCUUAAGCAUCAUUGUUUUUAGGACCUUGGGAACUUGCCUAGUGCAAAUAGUGCAAACCUCACGGUUCUGCGCAUCUUGUUUUAAGCUCCUGGAGUCCAGCAUUUUGUCAUUAUUUGCUUUUGAAGAAUAUAUUAGUUGUUUUCUUUCAUUUUUUAUAUUGUCAGAGACCAUCUGAAAAUAUACUGUGGACCACAGUUUAAGCACUCUUAAGGUAGAUGAUAAAAUACCCUUGCCUCCUGAAAUAUCUGGACAAUAAUGAAACCUCUAGCAGUUUUGGUCAGAUGCAUAUGACAUAGUCAUCAGAAGCUGCUUUAUUCUGAGUCUGAUCAUUGGCCGUGGGUGUCAGGGCUGAACCGGGGGUCUUCUGUGUGCAAAGCAUGUGCUCUGCCACUGAACUACAGUGAAGUCAAACUCCAGUGUUUCAGAUGGGAGACUUUCCCAGUCCUGCUUGACAAUGCAGGGGCUUGAAUCUGAGACCUUCUGCACGCAAAGCAGAUGUUCUGCUAUGGAGCUAUAUCCCUUCCCUGUCUUUCACAGUCAGACGAGCAUUCUUUUUAGAUACCCAAAUAACUUUACAAAUGCUUAUGGGUUCUCGGUUCUUAAAACAUUAUUUUAUUUCCAGAGCAUGUUUAAUUCUAAUCGUCAGAAGAUCCAGGAAAGAACAGAAAUAUUAAACCAAGAAUGGAAACAACGCCGGAUACAACCUGUGCACAUCAUGACUUCUGUGAGCUCAUUGCGUGGGACCAGGGAGGUUGGUUAACAUGAUGUGUUUGCUUGAAAUGUUGUUAGAAAGUACACAUUACCUUUACUAUGUAUGGUGUGCACCAUACCUAAGGAACAACCCUAUCUGAGUAAAAGCAAACAUUUAUAAGCACUUUUCAAUGUUAGCAUUUCUUUUUGAAUUAAAACUGUUCACUUUAUCCCUUCGAAAUGCACACCUUUGUUUGUCAAGUCAGGUUUUUGCUGCUGUUUAAAAACAACGUACUACUAGUAGUGUAAUUGUAUCUCUUCUUCCAGUGUUCAGUCACCAGUGACUUAGAUUUUCCAAAGCAAGUAAUUCCCCUCAAGACUCUGAAUGCUGUUGCUUCAGUACCCAUAAUGUACUCUUGGUCUCCCCUUCAGCAAAACUUUAUGGUAAGUGAAAUACGGGACUAAACCAACUGAAAUGGAAACCAGCAAAAGAGUCUGCUGAAUAAUAGUUGAUGCCGUCUUUCUAGUAUAGUGUGACUCUGCAGUGCUACUAUGCCCAAUAAUAGUUUUAAUGGUUCAGCAAACCUCAUUGUGUGUCAAAUUGAUUCGUGAUAAAAUUAAUUUUAUUAUUUGCAAACGCUGGAUUUUGCAGAAAGCAUCUGAAUGCAUCUUUUGAGUAAAGUCACAGUGCCAUAAUUCUUCUUCAUGGAUGAAUAAAUCUGGGCAUUUCUGUUUGAGGAAUUUUUUACAGAACUUGCACCAAACAUUUAAGAAAUGUAGGAAGUGUUGGCUACUCACUGAUGCUUUAUGGUCUUCAGAAGCUGAUUCACAAAAGGACUCAAUUUUGGACAGAUAAUUUGGCAUCCAAUAGACAACUCAGAGUAGCCAGAAUAAAGAAUUAAAUUAGAAGAGUUGCAUUGAACUGUGCUUCUCGGCUGAUGGUAUGGUUCGUAAGGUAAGUGGGAAGGGAAGCACAUUCAGUGUCUUUCUCGCGGACUCUCCUUCGUUAGAGGUUUUAAAGCAAAGGUUGGAUGGCCAUCUGUCAUGGAUACUUUAGUUGAGAUUCCUCCAUUGCAGGGGGUUGAACUAGAAGACCCCCAGGGUCCCUUCCAGCUCUAUAAUAGCAGGUCACCUGAAGUCAUUGUGAUGUCAGGGGAUUGGCAGAUGACUCUUCCCACCAGUUAAAAUUAGCCUGCAGAGGGUGAGAGAGGUAAGGAUGUGGCCCACCAGCCUGAUCCAAUUCCCUUUCCCCAUUUAAAAAGAGGCAUUUAAAAAGAAUCAUUAAGCCUAUUUUUAUUUGCUUUUAUUUUCUGUUCGAAAAAUGACACCUCCAACAAUAAAUAAAUAAAUCAUCCAUUAAAACCAGUAUUAAACUAAACAGAAAAUUUGAAGGGGAGUAUGAAAUGUGUAAAUAAAUUGCUGGCGUUACCAUGUCAGUUGAGCAGCUUGCAAUAGAUAAAACUGAUUUAUAGAAUUGCAUUGACUGUAGCAGGUAUAUAUUUUUGGUUUAGAAGAAAUAGGUAGGCCAAAUGACCCUUUUCUCUACAUAUACAUUGGUACCUCGGUUUAAGAACAGGCCUGUUUACGAACGAUUCAGUUUACAAACUUCGCAAAACCAGAAGUAGUGUCCCAGUUUGCGAACUUUACCUCGGUCUAAGAACAGAAUCCGAAUGGUAGAAGGGCAGCGGUGGCAGGAGGCCUCAUCAGGGAAAGUGUUCCUUGGUUUAAGAACGGUUUCGGUUUAAGAAUGAACUUCUGGAACGAAUUAAGUUCGUAAACCGAGGUACCACUGUAUAGAGAAAAUUUAUUUGAAAAAAGGUAGUAGCACAAAAAAUAAUAUAGUCACAAAAUAAAUAUUUUAUGCAAUAUUUGCAGCAAGGGCAUUCCUUAAUAGACUUCCGCCUUGUGGGAUCUACUUUAUUUCUUUUUGCCAGAACCUAUAUAGAGAAAAAAGAAAUACAUUUAGAAUUAAAUAUUUCUGUGUCCAGGUAUUUGUUUUGUGUACAGGAACUAAGCUGAGCUCCAUCAUCCCAAGCAAAAAUUCACUUCUGGUUACCCCUAGCUAGCAGUAUAAUUUAGAGCAGGGAGACUUCAGUUGGGAGUCCUUGCUAAUCUUUGCAGAUUACCUACAGAUCUAUCAAUAAAUUCCAAUCUACCUUCUGCCCACCCCUCCCUAAAUAAAUAGGUUUUUAAAAGUAUUGUUUAACUAUGAUUUUAUGUAUUCAUACACGCGUGCGCACACACACACACAUUCGAUUAUAAAAUACAAUAUGCCUUUUAUGUCUUAAUAUGAGUACAGAGCUGUUUAAUCUAUGCAAAUGAUUAACUACAGAAGGUCACUCUUCCCUCAUAAAUGCGCAGGAACAUACACAGAAAUGCUGUUACAUGAGCUUCUGCCUCACAUGGUGACUGUAUACUGCUUAUGACUACUGUAAUGCACAUGACUAUGGCAUUUGGGGAAAAUUUCCACUGAAAUGUCUGCUAAAGAAAUUGCUAUGGCCCUUUGUGUAUAUUCUACAAGAUCACUCCUGACUACACCCCUUGCAAUGAUCUGGAUGUCCCUCCUGCACUUUUGUAGGGUCACAAAGUAUGAACUGUGCAAUAGUUUAGCUUACAAAACAGUUCAUUACAGUGAAUGCUCAUUGCACAGCAAUUUCUACUACAAGCCUAAAGGAAAACGAGUAAAGACCAUUUAGACCAUUGCCCAAUCCAGAAUCUAGCAUGUGUGCUGGCCUCUUUGUUUCAAUGGAAAAAUCACAUGCAUGUGUACAAAGGAAUGUGCAGUUGGCUUUGCUGAUUCUGUUCUUAAUGAAAGGGACAUCGCUUUCAGAUGAGAGGAGGAAGUAGAGAUGAGGUACCAUUCUUAGGAGACCUUGCUAUAUAGAGGUACCAUAUAUUAGUGGACGGCUAUGGAAUUUUGAUUAAGUAUCCAUGGAAUUCUUGCUUUUGAUGUGAGUUGUUGGUUGCUUUGCUUUUUGGCUUUGCCGUGCCAAGGAUUGAUGAGUGAUCAAAAUUUGUGCUUGCGGUGAGAGACUUCUCUCCCCCCCCCCUUUGUUAUAUUUUUUACCUUAUGUCUAGGUAGAGGAUGAGACAGUUUUACAUAACAUUCCUUAUAUGGGAGAUGAAGUGCUUGACCAGGAUGGAACUUUUAUUGAAGAAUUAAUCAAAAACUAUGACGGAAAGGUGCACGGAGACAGAGGUGAGUUCAGAUGUGUAUGUUUGUAAGUUGACUGCUACUGAUCGCCAGUCUGGGUGGCCUGUGCUGUUCUGAGCUUAACUACCUAAAAAGCCAACCACGAUAUAAAAGUCUCUGAAAGGACCAUGCUCAUCUCUUUCAUUUCAUAACACGUGCCUUGCAUCUGGUAAGUGAGCUUACUACUGCACCUGUAUAUGGGGAUAGACAAAGACCACAAGAAGGAAUACAUUGCUCCCUUGUCUAUAUAGUUGCACAACCCACCUGCCUCUCCCACUGCAUAUGCUGCUGUGCCUGUUGCCCUUCUCUCCCUCUCCUGCAGGGCUGCUAUGUCAGUCCAAAAAUGGAGCUGAGUGGGAAAUUGGGAAAAAUACUUCUUAAUGCAUGCACAUGAAAGAGUCAGGUGGAGUUCCUGUGAAAACUCUAGCCCAGUUUUGGAAACUUCCUGUUUGAGUUCUGCACAAGCACAGAAUCCAUAUACAUGGCUAAACAGAUGACUGCUUUAAUAUCUAGCGUUAGAUGUGCAACCUGUUCUUUAUAGCACAAUCCUAUUCAUGUCUGCUCAAAAGUAAGUCCCAUUGAGUUCGACUGGACUUAUUCCCAGGUAAAUGGACUAGGAUUGCAAAAAUAAUGCUGCUCUGAAUUAUCUGUGAUUAGAGAUAGGAAUGAUAAUGAAAUAUUAAAUAUCUUUCUGUCUUUGGCUUGGCUACUCUCUCAUUUUCUGCAAGAGAAUUAUCCCAGGACUCAGCUAUAAAGUUGCAAAUAUAACGUUUUAAGUGCAUGAUACAAAUGUGACACUAGAUGGCGAUGGUGAGCUAAUGGGAAAUUCAAUAUAUAUAUUACAAUUUUUUUUAAAAAAGGCAUGUUCACAGUGUUUUUUAUAUAUGUCUAGAUUCAGCGCAAAUAAAGUUCUGUGUUGUGUCCUGAAAGACUAAAAAAGCAUAGUUGAAGAGAAAUAGCUACAAGAUCUUAUUCAUGUCCAUUUUCCUGUGUUUCCAAAGUUAAUUUACUUUUAAUGUUUUUUUCUGCGUGGUGAGCUAUGCUACCUGAGGAUAUGCACAGCCUGUUUGCAAAUGCAUAUCUCUUCCAUUUAUGUCUAUACCUGAUUUCAGAAUGUGGGUUUAUCAAUGACGAGAUAUUUGUGGAGCUGGUCAAUGCUCUUGGGCAGUAUAGUGAUGACGAAGACGAUGAAGAUGACGACGACGAUGGUGGCGAAGACGACAAUCUUGAUGGGAGAAAUGAAAAGCAAAAGAACCGAGAGGCCAGCAGAAUAGGUAGGUUAAUAUGGUGCAAAGACAUUUAUUUAAAUGCCUUUCCCCUUCUGCAGAGGUGGGAAUGUAUUAGAAUGGUCCGCUCUCAGAUGGUGAUGGCUCCAAAUGGUUUUCAGAUGGCUCUGGGGGAUUUUCCAGCUGAUAUAUAUGAGUGGCUCUCCUGUUGAACCCCUGGGUAAUUUGUGGAAUACAGAGGACCUAGACCAUGGACAUAAUUGCUUCUGAAGGCCUUCCUCCUGUUGGGCUUCCCCUCAGGCCCGCCCUCAGGCUCUAGCCUGAGGGGGGGGCCUGAGCUGAGGGCAACAAAGCAAGCCGUGAGAAGGGUUGAAUGCGGGUGGAGGAAAACACCAGGUGUGACGGCUAAUUAUUGAGCCUACUUGGUGGCAGUGAAGGCAAUGAAGAAGAACCACUUAGUUGUUUUUAUUGCUUUGUUCAUAUGAUGCCUAGAGCGGCUUUUCUUGGUAGUACAGGGCCUCUUACAGUCUCACCUGAAGGGGAAAGGAAUUGACGGUGGCCUGCUGUGACUUCUUUGUGAAGCAUUUGGAGGACAGAAGCCACAUCUGCUGGCAUCUUGACUCCACUGUUCCAUCAGAUGAAUUUCCAGAGGCAUCUGGAACACUUUCUAGGCUUCUUGUGUUGGAUAAGUUUCAGUUAGUAUGGCUUGAAGACACAGACAAGGUUCGGUUGACUGCUUCUGAUCUUGCCCCUCAUGGCUGAUUAAAUCUAGGAAGGAGGGGACAGCUUGUUACAAUCAAAGCCUCCAUGGGGGAGUGGGUUGUCCGUGCCUGCCUAUAUAAAGCAGUGGUAAGAAACUUUAAACCACAGAGCCUAGGACUUGCCGAUCAGAAGGUUGGCGGUUCGAAUCCCCGCAACGGGGUGAGCUCCCGUUGCUCGGUCCCAGCUCCUGCCAACCUAGCAGUUCAAAAGCACGUCAAAGUGCAAGUAGAUAAAUAGGUACCGCUCUGGCGGGGAGGUAAACUGCGUUUCAGUGCUCUGCUCUGGUUUGCCAGAAGUGGCUUAGUCAUGCUGGCCACAUGACCGGGAAGCUGUACGCCGGCUCCCUCGGCCAGUAAAGCGAGAUGAGUGCCGCGACUCCAGAGUCGGCCACGACUGGACCUAAUGGUCAGGGGUCCCUUUACCUUUAAGAAACUUUAAGAAAAUUUCUGUGGACCAGAAAAUCUAAGCAAUCAGUUGCUAGUGUCCCCUUCUUGGACAGGGUUCUUCAGUGUGUGGUCACAGGUCACAUCCAGGCUCUCUUAGAUGAGACUUGAUGUUCUAGAUCAAUUUCAAUUGGAGUUUCGGCCCCGUUUUGGCACAGAAACUGCCUUGGUCACCCUGUAUUAUUAUUUUUGUUGGGAGAAAGACAAUGGGAGUGUAUCCCUGUUAAUUCUCCUUUAUCUCUCCGUGGUUUUCAACACCAUCAACCCUUGUAUUCUUCUGCAGUGAUAUUCAUUGUAUUCUGGAAUGGGCUGUACUUCUUUGCAGUGGUUCCAGAGGUUCCAAUCCUACUUGGAUGACUGUCUCCAGGGAUGGUGCUUGGGAGGAUGUUGCUUUCAGUGUGAAGUGCCAAAUUUUAUUAUCAUAAAAUAUAUGAUAAUAUAUUUUAGUAUGUCAGUCUCUGGUAAAUAGCACCUUGUACCAUUGAAUGACACUGCAAAAACCAGUUACUGGCACUAAAUAUAUAGAAACCUCAACUGUUUAAAUCAAGGCCACCUCACAUGCUGUUACACAUAAUUGUAUAGACCUAGUUACUUUUAAGUGUAUAAAGCAUUAAAGCUACUUUCUGUAAAAAAAAAAAAUCACACCGUAUGGCCAAGGGUAUAGAAUUGCUAAGAAUAAGGUCAUAUCAAAAUGGGGGGUGAGGAAGCUAUUACAUAUGGUUGAAAUACAUACAAAUUCAAAUGUUCAUCAAAUUAAAUGAAUAACAUUUUAAAAACUUUUAAACAAAUGUUUUCCGUAGCUCACAUUUCAGAACUGCCUAUGGUGAAUGACACAAUUCCUAGUAAUGUAGCUGGAUAAAAUAUAAAUUAUUCAUUACUUACACUGGCAAUAGCACAGCUUGACUUAUUAUUUACUAGAUUUUUAAAAUGUGGGUUGUAAAAAUGGUUCUUACAUUAGAAUUUACAGUUUGUGGAGAAUAUUCUCCGGAUAAUUUUCUAGCAGAGAAUAUUCUCAUUCUCGAGAAUAUUCUCACCUCACAUCACUAGGCCGGCCAUAUUGGGCCAAUGACAUGCUGGGACAGCUCCAUGGUCAUCAUGGAAGUCAUGAAGUCCUGAGCCACCCCAGGGCCAGUCGCUUUGGCAUGGAACCUCAGAACCAGCAGUCUGGGGCUUCCGGUUCUGGCUGCCUUAAUGGAGCCAGGUCCCACGACAAUGGGAGAUCGUUGGCAUAGAUGAAUCAAGGAUGAUUGAGGAUAAUUAUCCUUGCAAACUCCCCCCACAGGAAUGGGGAAAACAGGCUGCACCUGCAUAUUGUCUCGGUACCUGGCUUUUGCUCUGGCAUGGAAUGCAGGAGGCAGGGAGGCACUGAGUGCAAAAGCACUUCGCCUGUUGGUAACCCACCUACACCACCAUUAAGAAGGUUCUGUUCAUUAGAGAUUAUUUGAGACUAAUGUACAGACGUACGCUGGAGAAGAUGGGAUAAGAUCACAAACUGCCAAAUUGAAACAGCUGCAAGGUCGUUAAGAUUUGAAUUGGAAAUAAGACUUCAUUUGAUGCAAAAGACAGUAUGUAGUAUGGAAAAUCCAAAGUUCAUAGAGGAUUUCUAAACCAUAUUGUUAGAAAAUCAAUUUAUGCUGUUUGGGGAAAAUAUAAGAACUUAUUAGAGAAUAAAACCCCAUGAUAGAUAUCACCAUUGGAAGUGUCAGUUAAAAAAAAAUGGAAAAAGAAUGGGCAAUGUAUAAUGAGUUGACCAUGGAGGGAAAUCAAUUGAAAGUAAAAAAGUUUGAAGACAUAAGGCAUCUGUUAACUGAUUGGCUCCAAUAUCACCAAUUAAAUGACAUCUUUAGGUUGGAUAAAGGGGUUGGUUUUGGUAAAGAAUUUUUGAGAUUACAGAAAUAACUGUUGGGAAAUAAUGAAAAAGUUCUGUAAUACACUGGAAUUAAAAUCUGUAAUACACUGGGCAAAAGAUGUGGGAUAUAAUAUACAACUUGCUUCAUGGGAGAAGUUAUGGAAUGAGGAAUUAAAAUUUACAGCCUGCUGUACGUUAAAAGAGAAUUAUAUGAAAAUGAUGUACAGAUGGUAAUUUGACUCCUACAAGAUUAUCGAAAAUGUAUAAGAAUUUGACCAACAAAUGUUGGAAGUGUAAAGCUAAAGAUACAUUCCAUCAUAUGUGGUGGACUUGGAAAAUAGCAAAGGCCUUCUGGGAAAUGAUUUAUAACUGAAAAAAAGGUUUAAAAUAAUUUUUGUUCAAAAACCAGAGGCCUUUUUAUUAGGUAUAAUAGGAGAAGAAUUACCGAAGGAUAAGGAAGUACUGUAUGUAUGCGACGACAGUGGUAAGAAUGUUAUUUGCCCAGGGAUGGAAAGAAGAAAGAGCCCCAUCGAAAGAAGAAUGGAUAAUGAAGUUGAUGGACUAUGUGGAAAUGGCAAGGCUGACCGGGAAGAUCAGCCACCAAUAGGACAGUAAAUUCAACAAAGAAUGGCAUAAGUUGGCCCCUCUACUAGUCAACUUAUUUACUUUAAUUGACAAAUUCAGGAUAUUACCAGAUGUUUGGCUAAACAUCAUCACUCCUAUAUUAAAAACAAAUGACCCGAAGCAGCCUAAGAAUUACCGUCCAAUAAAUCCUUGGCAAAAAGUAUGAUUUUUUCCUCAAAGUCAUCAAAUUGUCAAAUGGAGACUAGAUAAUCACCCCACUGACCAGGUAAAAUCUUUCAAAUACCUAGGGAUACCUACCAGUCAAAUUUAAACUGAACAACACACAGACGCCGAAUGAUCAUCCAAGCAAAAUGCACCAGAUCUGCGAUUCUUCAUUUUUUCUUCCUCAGAUGCAACCAGAUGGUCCCGCUACAAUAAAUAUUUUUAAUGCCAAGGUCCUUUCUCAGUUAUUGUACAGCAUUCCAAUUUGGAUACAAGCAUUUAAUAGAGAAGUUGAACAAAUUCAAGCAGCUUUUCUGUGUAAGAUCCUUGGUGCCCCUAAAUGUAUGAGUUACUUAGCCUUAUGUGUUGAAACCGGUCAACAUCUGAUGGAAACCAAAGCAUGGCUGACUACAACCAAGGCCUGGCUGAAAGUCCACUUUAGAACAACAGCUAACUCCUUCUUAACCUCUGUGCUUGAAGACCGCAUUUCAUCUAGAUGGUUGAGAGCAAUUCAAGAUAAAAUUUGUAGUUUGGGCACUGCUCUCGAGAGCCUUGAAGCAUGUGACGAAAGUUACAAAUUCCAAAUAAUCGAGCAGCGACUCUACGACUACCAAAGACAGCGCUUGUUACUUCAUACUCCGAGAUCUUGUUCUCCGGCGGCCUUAGGUAUUACAACAUCCUAUGGAACCUGUGCCAAAUAUCUACUACUCCCCUCCCAUUGAAGAGCCUUUAUGUUCACAAGAUUAAAUGCUUUCCCUUCUGCAGUGACCAAAGGCAGAUUCUCACAUACUCCAUAUCAAGCCUGUUUGUGUACCUGCAACCAAGGAGUACCUGAUUCAAUGGACCACAUUCUCUGAGAUUGCUCUCUACACAGCAGACCUCGCCAACCGAUGCUGAGGAAAAUGUUGGACUUCCAGCCUAUAACUCCAAGAAGAAGUCAAAUGAGGUUUCUCCGGGCAGAUCGGGACAAAGAUAUCACUGCUUUAGUAGCCUCAUUUUUAGCCACAAUCUUAACCAAAAGGUUUCCCAGUGAUCCAUCCUUUUGGGGGACAGACAGGGUGAAGCAGAAUAUCUAAGUGCACACGAUCACAGUGUGACCUUAUGACCCUUGACAACUUUUAAUUAUCCCAGUGACUUGAAAUGUUUUAUACUUUAAUGCCAGUAAAGGUAUUUGAUUUGAUUUGAAUGGCAUAACUUUAUAGAAUAUAUUAAAGAACACUGUAAACAUUUAAAAACGUUAGCAGGAUUGACAUACCACUUGUAAUUUAAAGUGACAAAGGAUAAAAUUGAAAUGUAAUAAUUUAGAUAAAUGUAAUUAGAUACAGUUGAAAAAGGAAGAUAAAUUUUGGAAGCCAAGGGAGGGGUGGGGGAAGUCUGGGGGUUCAGGGAACCCCAUAAAGAUACUGAUAUGAAUUAUGGUCAGCAAACUAAGGCCCACGGGCCGGAUUAGGCCCAUUUGCCCUCUGGAUCUGGCCCGCAGACAGUCCUGGAAUCGCCGCUUGGAUCGGUGUGAUCAUUCUGGCUGUGCCAUUUAUUCUUUUAUUUUUUGCAAAUUUUUUCGGGCACCAUUUCCCCCCUCUCCUCACACACACCGGGGGGCGCCUCCUCCUUCCUCCCUCCCUCCUCCUAGCUUCUCCCCGCCCUGUGGAGGAAGAGUGCUGGGCUUUGGUGCCAGCCAAUCCGAAGCCUCGCCACCUGCCCACCAGCCUCUCCGUCCAUGGCUGCGCUGUGGGCAUCAUGACGGGCACAUCACGGAGUUUUGGCUGGAGCUUGGCGCAUCUGCUGGCCCCACAACUGCUGCCCAGGAAAGCUGACCUGCAAAGGAGAGGCACCACCACCACCCAUAGCUGUCAACUUACAGAUUUGAAAAUAAGGGACCAGCAGCCUUGAAAAUAAGGGAUCAACAGCCAAAAUAAGGGACCUGCAGCCUCACCUGUUCCAGGCACUCCAGUCUUCCUGUCCUCCUGCAGUCUGGUCAAACUCAUGCUGGUAGCUUCGAGAACACUGUCCAACCAACUUUGUAACCAGAGGUUCAACUGAAUAGAAUCUGAAUCACAUGCACCACAAGGCCUACGCAGCCUCAACUUAAGAUGGCUCCCCGGCCUGGCUUUGCACUGCAAAGUUUGCAGCAGCACAUGCAACAAAAUGGCGUCCAGCAUUCAAAAAACUCCUCUGCUUGCAUUAACUAGCCACACACACACAGCCUCCCCCCCUCGCCACGAGAUCGCCAGUCACCCACCAUUUUAGUCAACCAGCUCCUUUCUUUUCCCUCAUAAGUUAAUCGAAGGAGCCUCCAGAACAAAUUCAAAAGCCCCCCCCCCACGAGAUCUCCUUUCCUUUUCCCCCACCAUGUGCCCCCGCUCCAGACAGACCUUUUCUCUGGCAAAGGUGAAUGGGCCGUCGAUGACAUAUCCAUCCGAUUCCGAUCUGAGCACUCAGCACAGGUAUGUUCAACUUCUGAGCCCCUCUGAGCCAAAGGCAGAAAGCCCAGCCAGCAGCCAAACAAAGCCUCAAGGAAAACCACCAUCACCUCUCCGCUGGGAAGCGCUGAGCAAAGGCGAGUCCCCAGGCAACGCAGCCGAUUUGAUCAGCACAAGGCAUGCAAGCUCCCAGUCAUUCUUAGACUUCUUAUUGGGUGAGCAACACAGCCAAGCAACACAGUUGGAGCCUCCCUCCUCCCUGGCCGGCAGGGAGGGAGGGAGAGGAGCUGCUUCCUUUGAAAUUUAAGGAACAUCAUUUAAGGGACAUCCGUCAAUAAGGGACAGCAGCGGGACAUGGCGCUGGAAUAAGGGACUAUCCCUCCAAACACUUGGCAGCUAUGCCACCACCGCAGGCAGAGCGGAGGAGGAGGUAGGCGAGCAGGGGGAGGGGCAGGGCUGGGGGAGAGAGAGAACCCCCCCCCGCUGCGUGUGUGCGCGUGCAUGCACAGUCUGGCCCGCCACAAGCUCUGAGGGGUGGUAAACCAGCCCCCUCGUAAAAAAGUUUGCUGACCCCUGGUUUAAUGUAAACAAGUGUGUCUGUGUUUAACAAAUUAUUGUUUUUUGAAACUUUGAAAAUAAAAAUUUUAAAAAAGAAAACAAACAACAGCAACAAAUCCCCCCCCCCCACAAAUUAAAAAGGUAAGACAGGGGAGGCAAUUAAAAACAGUUAAAACAGCGCAUCAAAUACGCAUGUAUUGGACCUUCGACACUUCUCAGCUUGACCUUUGGGCAAAACACCCUCUCCCAUUUACAAGGUGGCUCUGAGACUAAAGGACCCCUGACAGUUAAGUCCAGUCGUGAACGACUCUGGGGUUGCGGCACUCAUCUCACUUUACUGGCCGAGGGAGCCGGCGUUUGUCCGCAGACAGUUUUUCCGGGUCAUGUGGCCAGCAUAACUAAGCCGCUUCUGGCAAAACCAGGGCAGUUCACGGAAACGCCGUUUACCUUCCAGAGUGGUACCUAUUUAUCUACUUGCACUUUGACGUGCUUUCAAACUGCUAGGUGGGCAGGAGCAGGGACCGAGCAACGGGAGCUCACACCGUCACGGGGAUUCAAACCGCUGACCUUCCGAUUGGCAAGCCCAAGAGGCUCAGUGGUUUAGACCACCUUCAAUAUUUACUGUGUUUUGAGAUUCCUGCAUUGCAGGGGGGUGGACUAGAGGCCCACCGGGGUCCCUUCCAACUCUACUGUCAGGGAAGAGUUAGAAGUUUCCAGUUUCUCAGAGGGAGAAAGCAUUCCCCAAGGGGGGAAGGAGAGCAGUGAAUCUAACAGAAGGGAGCAAGAGGAACAACAGGGAGGGACCGGCUGUUCCCAGGAAAGGCAAGGGUUCAGUUCUAGCUCAGAUUGGGAGGAGGGGAGAUACAAGCCAGCUCUAGCCAGGAGGGUAGGAAAAAGAGCAGGAAAGCGAAGGGAAGGGCACCUUUGCCAUUUUGAAGGUGGCUGAUCACGGAGAAGCAGAGCUCAGAAGGUAUCUGAAAUAAGUGACUCUGAGGAAGAAUAGUUAAGAACCGUUUAUAAGAUUGUUUUGUUAAUACACAAUAAAAAGUUUUAUAAAAGAACAAGAAGCGUUUGUGUAGUGAUCUGAAGAGGACAACGACCAGUCCUGACAUCUGCGUUUCCAAGCUUGGAGAGUUUUUCAUAGAACACUACUAUAGAAUCCAGCUGCAUAGUCCUCACUGUUGGUAUCAUUUCAACUACCUCAUUAGGCAGUCACAUGAUGGCUGCAAACUUGACUCGCACACUUCUGCAGCAACUGCCUUUGCUACAGAAGGUCCUUUCUCUUCUACACACAGCUACUUAACCUGUCGAUCCAAAGUUAAGUAGUGGAGAGCCCAUUGGGAACAUAACUGUGAAUUUUGCUUCUGGUUUCAGUUCCUUGGAGGUGUUGAAGGCCCUCCUUGGUAGGUGCCUCCAGCUGAUCACAGGGACCAGUUUUCUGGAUCAGGGUCUUGAGCCCUCAGUUUUCUCUCUCUUUUCCCCUUUCCUUUUCCACGGCUCCAGUGCCUCCUGCUUGGCUUUCAUCCAAAAUAUUGCUGUAAGUCCAGCCCAGGGAGAGGCUACAAGCAACAAUAACAAUUCUGACCUCCUUUCCUGUUUUCUGAGGCUGCUCUUAAGACCCUUCUCAGGACUCAACCUUCACAGUAGGAUUCAAAUAAUCCUGUCUGGGUCAAGGGCAGCUCCCAGUGGCCCUGGUCUCAUGCUGAUGGUUGAGUGCACCUGAUCUAGGUAUAAAACUUGAACUUGCUGUAACCCCAGAGCAUAGAGUGGGACACAAAUUCUAAUAAGUGUGCUCAUCUGCGUCAUGAGAUGAGAGUUAAUUAAGCAAUCAGCUGUUAUAGAAGAAUAAAAACAGAUUGCUUCUGAUAGCUCAAAUUCUCAUUUUCUCUCUCUCCAUCGAUGCCAUGGCAAAACAGUAGAAUAGUUUGGAACUUUGCCUGAGUGUUGGCGUAGGGGAGUAAGUUGCCCAUACUGCAUGGCAACUGUGUCAAAGCAGUCAUAAGUCAAGGAAAUAAGAACAGGUAGGGCAUUCUUUGACAAUAAGGAAAACCAGAUUGCUUGGCUGCGUGUACCUGGUCUUGCCCUGGUUCUGGAAGGCACACAUUAAAGGCAAGUGGAGUGCAGAUUACUAUAGAAGGGGGGGAAAUAAUCAUAGUGGGCAUUUAUGCUCGAAUAAUAAUAAAUAAUAAUAAAUAAUCAGAGUUUUUCAAGGAGCUGGAAAAGAAGUUAUGGAAUUAUAUUGGGGAGAAUAUUGUUCUUAUGGGAGAUUGGAAUGGAGUGGUCUCGGUCGAAUGGGAUAGAACUUUUAGAGGGAAACUUACAAUGAAGGUAAAUUACCGCUCUCCUUUUUCCAGAUGGUGGACAAUUUUGACCUCUAUGACUCAUGGAGAAUUAAACACCCUAAUGGGAAAGAUAUUACACACUUCUCGGAAGCUAAAAAAUCAGGGGGGAGGUUAGAUGCUAUUUGGAUCUCUAAAGGGCUGACCCUCUUCUUAGAAAAAGCAGAAAUUCUGGGAAGGACUAUAUCAGACCAUAAUCCAGUAACAAUACAUAUGGAAAUUAAAAAGCAAACAAAGGGAAGGUGGAGGAUGAACGAUGAGAUAUGGAGAGACGACCAAUGGGUGACGCAAGCAAAAAUCAAGUUAGCUGAAUUUUUCGAGAUAAAUGGGAAACAAAAUACAGAUAUAAAUGUAGUUUGGGAUGCAAGUAAAGCGUACAUGAGGGGUCUUGGAAUACAACAAAUAGCUAGGCUGAAGAAGAUAAAAGACAAUAAUAUCCAAGAGCUAACUAAACAGAUAAGAAUUAAUGAAAAAGAGCUGAUCAAAAAUCCAAAAGGUCAUGAAAUAUUACAAAAAAUAAAGAUAUUGCAAUCCCAUAUCUCUAGUAUAUUAAAUAAGGAAGUAGAAAAUAAAAUUAAAUGGGCAAAACAAAGGUAUUUUGAGUCCGCCAAUAAGCCCAGUAAGUUGUUAGCAUGGAUGAUAAAGGAAAAGCAAACAAAAAAAGUUACAAAUAAAAUUUUGGACCAAGGGGAGGAAAUAACACCCAGUAAAAAUAAAAAUAAAAUUCUUAAACUUUUAUAAAGAUUUGUAUAAACAAGAACAUUUAGAGGUUAAUAAAAUGGAAGAGUAUUUACAACAAAAUAAAUUACCAAGAAUUGAAAAAGAAGUUGAGGCCCUAAACUCCAAUAUAGAAAUAGAUGAAAUAGCACAAGUAAUAAAAAAAAUGAAGAGUGGCAAAUCGCCAGGUCUUGACGGAAUCACAUUAAUGUACUAUAAGAAUCUGGAAGAAGUAUUUCUCCCUAUAUUACAAAGAAUAAUGAAUAAUAUACUGGGAGGGAAAAAUAUACAACAAUCAUGGAAAGAAGCACUGAUCACUCUAAUCCCAAAACAGGGAGUGGAGUUGACAGACAUGAAAAAUUAUAGACCAAUCUCCCUGUUGAAUACAGACUAUAAAAUCUAUGCUGGGGUGAUGGCUAAUAGAUUAAAAAAGACCCUAAACAAAAUAAUCAGCAGAGACCAGGCGGGCUUCUUACCGGAUAGACAUAUAAAAGACAAUACAAGAAUAAUAAUUGAUCUGUUGGAAUAUGUCAAAAUGAAACCAAGUAAAAAGAUGGCCAUGUUAUUGGUUGAUGCAGAAAAAGCUUUUGAUAGAGUAUUAUGGAAUUUCCUAUUGGAAACUUUCAAAGGUCUGGACAUAGGGGAGAAAAUAAUUAAUGGAAUUAGGGCGAUAUAUGAUAACCAAAAAGCAAAAUUGCUAAUAAAUAACGAGAUCACCGAAGAGUUCAGCAUCUCAAGGGGGACAAGACAGGGGUGCCCUCUCUCCCCACUUCUUUUUAUUGCCACCUUGGAACCACUUUUAAUAGCAAUAAGAAAGGAUAAAAAUAUAAGAGGAAUUAACCUAGGAACUCGAUACUACAAAAUUAAAGCCUUUGCCGAUGAUGUAAUUGUAACCACUGAAAAUCCAGUGGAAAGUAUCCAAAAAACGCACAACUGGAAGAAUUUGGGAAGGUCUCUGGGUUCAAACUGAAUAAAGGAAAAUCCAAAUUAUUAACGAAAAAUUUACGUAAGUUGGAACAAGAGGAACUGGAAAAUACAACAGGUUUAAAGGUAGCCAAUAAGGUAAAUUAUUUGGGGGUUUGGAUCACCAAUAAGAAUAUAAACUUAUAUAAGGACAAUUAUGAGAAGAAGUGGAAGGAAAUAAAAAAAGAAUUAGAGACUUGGGGAAAAUUGAAUCUGUCCCUGUGGGGGAGAAUAUCCACAGUUAAAAUGAUGGUAUUGCCAAAUAUGAUUUUUAUGUUCCAAACAAUACCUAUAAUUAGAGGCGUAAAGUGUUUUAAGGAUUGGCAGAAAGACCUUGCCAAGUUUAUUUAGCAAGGGAAAAAACCAUGCAUAAAAUUUAAGCUACUAACAGAGUUGAAGGAAAAAGGAGGCUUCGCGGUCCCUGACCUUAAACUGUACUUUGAGGCAGCGUGCUGGACAUGGAUUAAGGACUGGAUAUUAAUUAAAAACACGGAAGUCCUAGAUCUGGAGGGGUGGGAUAUUGUGUACGGAUGGCAUGGCUACAUAGGCUAUGACAAGGUUAAAUCCCACAAAGGAUUUUUAAAUCAUAUUGUGAGAAGGGCAUUAUAUGAAGUAUGGGAGAGGAGUAAAAAAUCAGUAGUAACCAAAACACCAUGGUGGCUGUCACCAAUGGAAUCUAUGUCGGUUCACAGGAUGAAUAUGAACAGCGAUUGGCUAACAUAUAAGGAUUUAGUAGAGGAAACAAGUAGUGAUCCGAAAAUAAAGGACCUAAGCGAAUUGAAACAGAAGGGAAUAACCUGGCUGGAGUAUUAUCAAUUAAAAGCCGCCCUUGAAAAGGAUAAAAGAACCAAAGGAUUUGACAAAAAAAUAUCCUAUCUGGAGAAGGAUAUUUUAUAUAAUAAUCAAAAGACACUUUCUAAAAUGUACAAACUACUUUUGAAUUGGCAAAGAAAGGAGGAAGAUAUCAAAGAAAUUACAGUAAAAUGGGAGAGGGACCUGGGACAUAAGAUCAAACCCAAUAUUUGGAAUGAAUUAUGGACUAAAAAUAUAAAAUUCACGGCUUGUUUCCGUAUAAGGGAAAAUCUUAUGAAAAUGUACUAUAGGUGGUACCUGACCCCUGUAAAACUUGCAAAAAUAAAUAAAUCAAAUAAUAACAAGUGCUGGCGAUGUAAGGAACAGAUAGGAACAUAGAAGAGAAGAAGAAGAGUUUGGAUUUGAUAUCCCGCCUUUCACUCCCUUUAAGGAGUCUCAAAGCGGCUAACAUUCUCCAUUCCCUUCCUCCCCCACAACAAACACUCUGUGAGGUGAGUGGGGCUGAGAGACUUCAAAGAAGUGUGACUGGCCCAAGGUCACCCAGCAGCUGCAGGUGGAGGAGCGGAGACGCGAACCCGGUUCCCCAGAUUACGAGACUACCGCUCUUAACCACUAUACCACACUGGCUCUCAUACUACCAUAUGUGGUGGUCCUGUCUAGAGAUACAAAGAUUUUGGAACAUGAUUUAUGAAGAGAUAAAGAGAUUGAUAAAAACUACAUUUAGCAAGAAACCGGAAGAAUUUUUACUAGGAAUGGUUUCAGAUAAUAUUCCCAAAAACAAAACUAGGCUAUUUAUGUAUGCAACGUCAGCAGCAAGGGUUAUAGUGGCAAAACACUGGAAAGAUAAAAAUACACCCACUAAAGAGGAAUGGGUAGUCAAAUUGUGCGAGUACUUGGAGCUCGCAAAGCUGGCAGAUGCAAUAAGAGAUAAACCUAAAAAAAUUGGUGAAAGAAGAAUGGGAAUGUUUAAAUAAUUAUUUAGGGGACAAGGGCUCAGCAAGAAAGAUCUGGCUAUGUUUAGAAUGAUACCGCAUAGAGAAAUGUUCCCUGAUACCAAGAUGAGGGAUUCCUUUGGAAUGCAGAUAGAGUCGAUUGAUAAGAAUAAUGAUCUGUUGUGAGCUUGACGGAAGUGUACAAUAGAUGAGCUUUCCUGCUUUGGCUCAUCUUCCUUUUUCCUUUUCUUUUUUUCUUUUUCUUUUUUCUUUUCUUUUAUCUUUCCCAUAAUUGCUUAUGUUCUGUGUCAUGUACUUCGAUUUUUUUGGUAGUUUUUUUUUAGUUUUUUUCCAUUACUAUUAAGGAAUUUUUCUUUGUAAUUUUGGUUGUCUAUAUUUAUAUGUACCUGUUUACAUGUACCUGUUUAAAGCAAAAUGAAAGUUAAAAAAUAAAAAUAAAGGCAAGCGGAAUGAGGAAGCCAAGCACUCUGUCAGCCCCUGCCUUCAGUUUCUAAAGGAGGGGGGAAGCUAAUGCCUUGUCCAUCCCCAGCACUUCCAUUUUCGUUGCCCUGGGGUGAAUGAGAUGUCAGUGUGGAAUUCUGCGUCUGACGCAAUUCAGUUUGCCUGCCCCUUUGAGAAUCAAUGUGGGAAGAUUCUAAGCUUUAGAGAACAUUGCUUGUGUUUUUGUUUCUAUGUAGAUAAAGAGAGUCAUCCUCCUCGUAAAUUUCCUUCUGACAAGAUAUUUGAAGCCAUUUCCUCAAUGUUUCCAGAUAAGGGUACAGCUGAGGAACUGAAAGAAAAGUAAGAUGUAUUUUAUUUAUUUCAUAAAAUCCAUGCACCGUUUGAACAUGGACAUAGCCAAGGGGGACAGGGAGAGGCAGCUGCCCCCCCCCAUGUUUAAAUAGGAAUUGUUGACCAAGUUUUGUACAAAGGUUUACUUUGGUAUGGGAUAUGGAAUCUAAGUAAUUUUGAGAUGACUGGGCAGGGAGUCACUUUAAUGGAACCUUGUUUAGUUUUAUUCUUUUUUAAUUAAAACAUCUCAUGGGUGCAGCUGUAACCUCACAUAGGGUAUUUCUAUAGAUUUAUUAAAUUACCAGAAUGAAUUAUUGCAAGGAGGCGUUAUCCAGCAAAGUUAAGGAAUUCAAAGGCCCAUUGAUAUUGAUAGGCUUGCUGAGCACCUUUAUAAUUCCCUCUCCCUGAAACAAAUAGAAUUUGGCUAGGGCAAUGCCAUCCUCAUAGCACUUAAAGAAUGUCAGCAUUGGCUAUUUGAUUAGGCAACUUCUUCCCUUUUCUUUACAGCAUCACAGAUCAAUGAAAUAAGCAAUGAAGUAAAUGGUUUUAGCCAGACAAAUGUCAUUUAUGUCAAUGCCCAUUAUUUAGAUUAACUGCAUAAGCUGUACUUUUCCUGCAAGGACAAUAAAGCCGGGCUUUUGGCAUAUAAAAUAGGAACGUUUUUACUACUUCUGUAGAUAUAAAGAACUUACAGAGCAGCAGCUUCCAGGAGCUCUUCCUCCCGAGUGCACACCAAACAUAGAUGGACCAAAUGCGAAAUCUGUUCAGAGGGAGCAGAGUCUACACUCCUUUCAUACUCUCUUCUGUAGACGAUGUUUCAAAUAUGAUUGCUUCUUACAUCGUAAGUACUAAAAUAUUUCAGUCUGUCCCUUGUAUUCAAGAAUGUUGAGAUAUUUUGCUUUAUCUGCCCCAAGCCUUGGACUGCCUAUGUCCUUUUAAACAUGUUUGUGGGAGGGGGUGUUGGUUUGUUUUUGUUUUUAUUAUGUAUUUUUAAUUCUCAUCUUAUUUUUUAUGUUGUGAACUAGCCUGUGAUCUUUGGAUGAAGGGCAGUAUACAAAUUUAAUAAAUAAAUUUUAUGUAAAUAAGUCAUGGCUACCCCAGCUGUUAAAAUCAAUAGAAAAGGCUGUAUAUUAAUUGGAACCUGUAAGUGUGCAUGAUUUAUGUCAGCUGCCUAAUUUAUCCACUUUUGUGAGAUGAUUAAAGUUUGAUUUUAUGCCCUUUCUCACCCUGCAACAGUAUAUAACAGGUUAAAGUACAAUACCAGUGGUACCUUGGGUUAAGAACUUAAUUUGUUCUGGAGGUCUGUUCUUAACCUGAAACUGUUCUUAACCUGAAGCACCACUUUAGCUAAUGGGGCCUCCUGCUGCCGCCGCACCAAGAGCAUGAUUUCUGUUCUCAUCCUGAAGCAAAGUUCUUAACCUGAAGCACUAUUUCUGGGGUAGCAGAGUCUGUAACCUGAAGCGUAUGUAACCCGAGGUACCACUGUAUGUUAAAUAAAAGAAACAAAAAUCCCACAAUCAGUUAUGCCACACAGUGUGUUGUACAACCAGAGAAGAGAGAGAGAAUGCACAAAAUCUGGGAGCAAAAUAAAAGACUGAAGUAUUAUAAAAAGCCUGAUUGAAGAGGAUGGUUUUCACUUUUUGUCAGAAUGAGGAAAGGAAGGAGGCUGAGGGAAGGCAUUCCUGAGGCCCGCAACUGGGUCUGGGAUAAAAACCUCACCAAUUUCAUGCAGGAUUGGAUUCUUUCUUCACAACCAGGGAACCACACAUCCCUCCAGACCACAUCCAGCCUUUCACCCUAGAAAAUGGUCUAGAGAAAAAAUUAACACACUCCCCCCCCCCCACCCACUCAGAGAAACAGACAAACAACUCCACAAAUAAAAGCAUGGCCAAUUUUUUUAAAAAUGUGUUUAAAGCUCUUAAGAGAGCACAUCAUUUUUUUCUUGGCUAUUGAAUCAGUUUACUUAAAUGUUCCUCUCAAAUUUUAUUUUAUUUUGGUUUUCUUUAUGUGACCGUAUUUUGUUCACUUGUUUGCCUAUUUGUUUAAAACGUUUGUAAACUCUAAAGUUUUAAAAAAUCUCCAAGCAGCAUACAAUAUAAAAACAAUAAACAAUAUGAUUAAAAUAAAAAUUCAACAUAAAACCAGUAAAAUAGUAUAAAGGCAUAUACAGUCAAUCCUGAUUUUCCAUUCCAGACCCCUGUGCAUGUCGGCAGGGUGCACAGAAGCCCUCUCUGCCACUUUUCAUGAGAUUUUAUGAAGUAUGGGAGCUGCUUCCGGGUUUGGUGCUGUGCACGUGGCACAUGUUUGCAGUCCCACAUCAUUUGGACAUGGCUAAACUGGGAGUUGCCUGUAAAACAGGAAUUAUGGUGAUUCUUUCAAACGAAAACAAUGUUGGAACAAAAGCUGGAACAAAAAGCUACCUCUUUAUCAGAUGCCUCAAGUGUCUCAUGUGUGGCAGAAGGAAGGACAUUCUAUGUUGCAGGGAGACGAGUGGGAGACUCCCAUUUUGGGGUCACCAACCUAGGACAUUUUAUGGAGCACAGAACCACAAGUAGAAUUUGGAUCUUCCAUCGGGGUAUCCAAUGGAAGGGGAUACCUGCAGGGGCUGUUGGACUACCACUUCCAUCAUGCCUGAUCUUUCCCUCUGGCUGAGCUGAUGGGAGUUGCAGUCCAGUGGCAUCUGGGGGAAACCACCUUGUCUUUGCUCAGUCCAAGUGUUACUACCGUUCUGUACCAUUCUGCUAGGUGGUCUUCCAGGUAAUUUCACUUUUAAUAUAAUUUCUCCUUACAAAUAUUAAGUUUGUUCUUCCUUGCAUCUUUCAGCAAGCAAGUGCUCAUGGCCAACACCAAGAAUUAAUUAAACAAACGUCACGCCACCCCCAGUUCAGCUGGAGGCCUCUCCGUCAGUGAUGUGGGGCGUAGCUUUUCACAGAGCAAUGUGUUAUGCAACACUUUCUAAAGCACCUAGGCUUCUGUAUACCAUGGUGCCAGUGAUGCUCUGGAUUGUGGCUUAUUAUGCAAAGGGUUUUCUUAAAAUUGUAGUGUAGCCAUUAUUAUCCCUGCAAUGCAAAGUAGCCUGUAAAAUCCUGGGUACCUAUAAUUUAUUACAUUGUUUUUAUAUUGUUUCAUGCUGGUUGGAGACUCUUUGUUUAAAUGAAGAUUCAUUAUCAACUUUUUCAGUAUUAUGGUCUUUGAAGGUAUUUCUAAGAAAACGGCUUAUUCUUCUUUUUAAACAAUUUUCUAUAGCAUUCCAUGCAACUCCUAAUACUUACAAACGGAAAAAUACGGAAACAGCAAUAGAUAAUAAACCUUGUGGGCCACACUGUUAUCAACAUCUGGUAAGACAAAUGUUCCUUUGGCUUAAGAGUUAAUUAGCUCUCUUUUUCACUCUUGGAAUAGAAAGAAAGGUACAGCUGAUGAGAAAGUUGAUUUUAUUUAGCUGUUCCCAGGAAAAAAGUGCUGGAAUCAAAUAGGAUUUAUGAUUUGCUGAAUGCUAACAUCUUUAUGUGAAAAUUCCUGAGGAACCUCCUACUGGCUUUGAACAGCAUCUUUGGCUUAUCCUUGUGUCGAUUGAGCUGUCAUUUGGCUAGAGAUGGGGCUGAAUAAACUGGCACCGUUCUGAUCAUUGCGUGUUGCUGUUGCUGCCAACUAAUUUGUGAAUUCUUCAACAAAAGCUCAAAACUCUGUAUUUUUUCAGAUUCUAUGGUUGGGAUGCAUAAUUUUAAAAAAGGUUGACGUAAUUUGGCUUACACCUCCCACUUUCACACUUUGGGGUUUUCUACACAUGGUCAGAGAGACCUUGGUCCUGCAAGACUAGUGAGCAAGUAUGUGCUGAUUCUGGGAUAUUUCUUCAGAGCUAGGGCGCACUUAGAGUUUUGUGCUGGCAGUGUUGGAAUACCAAAUUUUGUGAUGAAGCUAAUAUUUAUCGUUUCUUCUUUCCUGGUAGCAGUGUGUGUUUUUCUGAGCUAAACCAUUUCUCACUCAUAACUGAUUCAUAUUACACUGAGGGUAUUUGUAGGACUAUAAAGGCAGUUUAUAAUUAAAAGAGAGAGUUUAUACAUAGGAGCUUGAUUGGAUGCAUUAGAUGCCUCUUACACCUACCUUAAUAUGCAGAACAAAAGCACUGGAGAAGUGGAGUGGCUUAUGGGGAUACAAAUGGAGAAAGUCUUGGCCUCCAUACUGCUUGGCUUUUUGAUCUCUACUAGCAGCAGUCUUUAGUAAUUUUGUGAAAACUGUCAAAUGUUACCUACUUUCUACACUCAAACUCACAGAGCCCUUGGGAAUAAGCACAUUGCAGUGCUUCGUAUGCAAGGCUAGGUGGCUUUUCAGUUCUUCUUUAAUUUCAGCCAUUUAUUUGACCAGCAGUAAUCAUCUUCCUGCUUUGUUUAACUCUGAAGGCCAUGAUCCAUUAAUUCUUCUCACACCCAAAAAAAAUUGUCACAAAUUGAGCUCUCUGGGUUAUCCCUCCUACUUAUUACCUUUCUAUAGGUUGAUCUAUGUCUCAUGACCCCACUUUGCUUAAAGCUUUUCACUUCCAGAUUUUGUAUGUGCCCAAAGCAACCAGUUGCACCCUCACUUUGUUCUUUAGAGAGAAGAGAAGAACGAAUCAGCUGUCUUCCCUUUGUCCUUGUGCAGGCAGCAUGUCAAGUGGCAUAGUCCUGUGAAGAAAUAGCUAUGUCUGAAAAAGCAGCUUUCAUGCUUUUCUUUCUUAAAAAAUCUGUCAUGUGAUGAGAUGAGUACAGUGGUACCUUGGGUUAAGAACUUAAUUCGUUCUGGAGGUCCAUUCUUAACCUGAAACUGUUCUUAACCUGAAGCACCACUUUAGCUAAUGGGGCCUCCUGCUGCCACCAUUCAAUUUCUGUUCUCAUCCUGAGGUAAAGUUCUUAACCCGAGGUACGAUUUCUGGGUUAGUGGAGUCUGUAACCUGAAGCGUCUGUAACCCGAGGUACCACUGUAUCUUCACUUUCAGUAACAAAGAUAUGACGCCAGAUAAUCUCAGUUCUUUGGAAGGAUUGUUCUCUCGUCAGAGUUUCACCACUUUCAUAUCUUCCUUUCUAUAUGAAGGACUUUGCUUUUCAUUAUUCGAUCAGAUGGUGUACACUAGAUGAAAAGAAAUUACCUACAAGUGAAAGUGCCUGAAAGUAUCCCCAUCUUUCCAUGCUACAUUGAUAACAGGAAUGCCCUCCCAUUGUCAUUUCAGCUGCUCAGCAGUUCAGACACUGAAAGCCUCCUAACCCUGAGGCUUCUAAGAGGAGAAGCGUGGACUCUGCUGUAUGACAAGAGUGGACUGCUUUUCAAUAACUUCAUCAGCUUAGGGAGUUAAUGAGAAUCACCCCAUGUGUUGAAUGAACAAAUCAUGCUAAUGGUUCCUGCAGCCACUUAUAUGAGUAGCAUUUAUACUGAACUGUUAUUUAUUUGUUUUGAACAAAAAUAUUGCUCAGAGCAUAACUAAGAGAGAAUGUAGGUGGACCUCUAAAAUGAAAGCUACAUAAAACAAAUAUUUCUUAAUAGUGCACCCCUCUUGUGUAGCACAUAUACCUUGUGAGCAUGAGGUUGAGUGGCAUCUGUCAUAGGUGCUUUAGUUGAUAUUCCUGCAUUGCGGGGGGUUGGACUAGAGGACCCUCGGGGUUCUUUCCAUGUCUACAGUUCUAGGAUUCUCUGAAAAUUAUCCUGAGUUGAAAUUCAGCUAAGCAGUUGCAUUUACAAGCACUCAACAUUUGCUGUCUAAACAAUAGAAUAAUAACGGAAUAUAACUUCAGCCAAAGAGCUGACUACCACUGUGCAUCCAAGGAAGGUUGAACUUGGAUUUUUCAAGAGCAAUGUUACAUUUUAAGGUCUGGCACAAAAGUAAGCAUCUGUUUCCCAAAGGUGCAAAAGGCAGCAAGCAGGAAAUCACCCUGAACCCCCAUUGCAGCUCCUUAGCUCUGGUCAGCCUAUUUUCAGCUAGGAUACAUCAGCCAUACUUUUUUCUCCUUUUCUUAAAAAUCCAUGUUGUGUGUGUGUUUCUAUUCCUACGUAGGAAGGAGCCAAAGAAUUUGCAGCUGCUUUGACUGCUGAGCGAAUAAAAACACCGCCAAAACGCCCAGGAGGUCGUCGAAGGGGAAGGCUCCCAAAUAACACCAGCAGGCCUAGCACUCCCACUAUAAAUGUGCUGGAAUCUAAGGAUACAGACAGUGACAGAGAAGCUGGGACUGAAACAGGAGGUGAAAAUAAUGACAAGGAAGAGGAAGAGAAGAAAGAUGAGACUUCAAGCUCCUCUGGUGAGACAAAUGUGGAGGGUUGCUGAUUUUACUAAAAAUAGUCAUAUUUUAAAAUGCUUGUUUCUUCCAGUAAUAACAACAACUACAAUUUUAUUAUUUGUACCCCGCCCAUCUGACUAGGUUGCCCCAGUCACUCCAUAUUCGGGGGGGGGGGUGUUUGAUGGACAGGAGGUUCCUUACAGAUUUUUGUAUUCAAGUAUCUGCUUGUGAAACUUUAAAAUUGAUUUGCAGCACUUUAAUUCCUUGCAUUAUGUUGCUGUAGAUUCUGUGGAGAAUGAGAGUUUGAAGGGCUGAGUUGAACUCCAGACAGUUCAAGUUUGUGUUUCAGGUUUCAGUGCUCCAAAGGAUAUGGUCUCCUUGUGUGCAGGGCCCUGAGUGAACAGGGCACUCUUCCUGGGAUGCUGAGGUUUAAAACCAAGAGGUCAAGUGUGGCAAUCAGUCCAUGCAUGUCUCCUGCAGGGACUGUUGAAAAAGCUAGAUUAGUCAUUCCCCAACUGUGUCUUGAGGCAUGCAAGUGUGACUUGAGAGAACCUCUGGGGUACCAUGAGAAAUCAAUUUAAUUAUACACCUAAAGGUUCCCCAUAGGCUCCAGCCAGGCCUCCUUCCCGUCUUGACUUCUCUGAGGGCAUGUUAUCCUGCUUUCUCGCUGAAUCAGGUGUGAAUGAACAAUAUGAGGAUUGACUCCCCCACAGGGAAAUUGCUGUGUUGCUGCUCUGGAGGUGCUACUAGUUUAAAGUAAAAAUAUUGUGUCCCUCAGCUGACAGAUGUUUUGGGAACCCUGAGCUAGGCUACCUUUUAGGAGCUCAGCUGGGGCCAAAGUCAAGUCAAAUCAUGUGCUUUUAUAUAUGAAGCAGCAGCCUAUUCCAUAUAUGGUCUCUGUUUUUUUGUACAUAGGUGUUAUUUCAGGAGUCUUUUAAGAACUACUUCAGUGUUUUGUUUUUGAUAUUGCAGAAGCAAAUUCCAGGUGUCAAACGCCAAUCAAGAUGAAGCCAAAUAUUGAGCCUCCUGAGAAUGUGGAGUGGAGUGGAGCUGAAGCUUCCAUGUUUAGAGUUCUCAUUGGUACCUACUAUGACAAUUUCUGUGCAAUUGCGAGGUUAAUUGGGACCAAAACUUGUAGGCAGGUAAGAGUGGAAUGGUAACUAAAAGAGAAUGUUUUCCAACUGAGUAGUGCCUUGAUACUUAGCCUUUUUUGUAGAGUGCAAGCGAAUGACACACUGUUUUAAUAAAAACCUAGUUGUGCAUCAUUAAGCACCUUCCAGGCUCUAAAGCCACUGUUCCCUCCUUGCCCACCUCUGCUCCCUAGGGCUGUGCAGUUGCCCCACUCAGUAGGUCUGCCCCUUUCUUUGCUGCCCCUGGGGUUGUGAAUUUCCUCCUGAGACCACUGCUCACUGCUGCUCUGCUUACCUCUCUCCCAUCUGUCACCUUCUGUGGAGGCAGAGGCUGAGUUAGCGAAUUCAUUCAGUUCCUUCAGCCACACCAAGCCCCUUCUGGUUUACACUGUUUACAUCCAGUCAUGCCAGAUGUAGCACAGUGCGGUGAUCAAGGUUACCCUGGUUACCUCCCAAAAGUAGAGAAAUAACUUUUAACAACAGGAUUAAUUAACAGAAUUAAUUAAUUCAUUAUGUUAAUAUGUUGCCUAUGUAAAUAUGCAGUCUCGCCCAAGGUGGAAGAAGCACAUAUAUGCUAAUGGGAAUUGGCUGACUUCUGCCAUUGAGGAUCUAGUCCACAGUAUGUUUGUCUUUACAGGUUUAUGAGUUUAGAGUAAAGGAAUCUAGUAUUAUUGCUCCUGCCCCGGCUGAAGAUGUUGAUACUCCUCCAAGAAAGAAGAAGAGGAAACACAGGUAAACCAAUGGACUGCCGGCUUCCUGGCAAACUGAGGGCUAAAAGGCUUUUUAAGGGGAAAGAACAGCACUGAAAAAGUAAUGCCACAAUCAAACAGGUGGGGGACUAAACAAAUAUUAACUUUCCAAUGUAGAAAACACAUUUUUAAUUGUAUUUGCAUGUUUUAUGGCCUGAUCACAAAAUUUUCUGUACGUGAAUAUAAGUGCUUUUGGUAGAUCAGCCACAAACCUGCCCAUAAAAUGACCAAUGCAGUGUUUGUUCAGGCAUUGCAAGCAAAUCCUGGUGGAAUUUUUGUUCUGGAUCUCCCACCUUGUGUUUGUGGUCUUGUACUAAUAAUGUUUUCUCUUUACCUUGGAGUAAUAAGAGAGUAAGCCACCAGCUUUUUCUCAGCUCUCUGAAUGACUCGGUCACUAUCUUUCUCAUUAACACUCCCUAUCAUCCACUUUGGAGAAGCAGAGAAUUCAAAUUAGUACUGUGAUUGUGGUGUUUAGGCAAUCACUGCCAAUAUCAAUUUGAAUCUGACCAGGAAGUGGUCUGACUAUGAUAGUGAGGUCAUCACAACCCGCCUCAUUCCAGAGCACCCCUCCCCCCAUCCUGUGGCAAACACCAGAUCAAAGCCACUGCCUGUGCUACGUGUUGGAGCCAUGAUUUACGAAAACAGCUCUCUGGCAGCCCUAGAGUCCUGAAAUAGCCCACUGAAGGCAUCCUUGGUGCGGAUGCUGCAGUCCCUCAGAGCAGGCUGGUAGCCACCCAGGCACAUUAUGGAGGGGCAGGACAAGGACCUGACUGGCCAGGAAACUGAUAUUGGAUGAAACAUUCAGCGGAGGCUCUCCAAUGCCACACCACAGCUGUAAGAGUUCUGAUAGAUCCUCUUAGUAAAUAGGAAGCAAGUGCCUACGCCACCAGCAUCAGAGUGCACCAGAAAUAUUCUUAAAAUGCAAAGCUCAAUAAAAACUAUAAUUUGCAGUAAGCUAUCAAACAGGCAGUAAUGUAAAACUAAUAUGAUUGCUGGGCAUCAGGGAUGGUGACCAAAAUGCUAAACCAACCAGCAUACAUAGAUAUACACGUACACAGCUAUGCCACUCACUCCAGCAACAUCCAAUUCACCCUUUCUUUCUUUCCAGGAGUUCCCCUACCCCAUUAAGCCCCUCACACUUACUUAGGAGAUAACGAAUCCCAAUCACUGGUUGUGCUAUAAGACUUUCACCCUAGUAGGCCACCCUCAAUAGGAUAGGCCUCUCGUGCCUCCGCUUCAGAUAUCCUGUCUGAUUUUGAGCAGAAGCCAAAUCAGAGAAAGGCUUGCGUGGGUGGAGAGAACUUUAGACACACUAUUGGUCCAGUAGAUACUGUGUUGAUAUGACUUCUUUUCUUUAUAACAACGAGUAGAAAAGAGUGCAAAACUCAGCAAUGUACCAGAAAGCAGUUUGAUAUGUAUCUUUCCAUUUCAGUAUUUAAUUCAUUGUCCAACCAAGUAAAGUGCCAAGUAUGAUGUAAAUAAAUUAAAUCUGGCUUCAUAGUUUAGGAAAUAUCAUAUAUAAGAUGCAAUGUACCCCAGGCAAUCCAUCCAUAAAGUUCCAUGUCUGUGUUGAUAAACUUAGGUUUUUGUCUCAAUUUCCCAGCUGUAGAGUUAACAAUGAUUUAUGAUAGCAUUGACUUUCAAAGACAAAGACUCAUAUACAGUGGUACCUCUGGUUGCACACAGGAUCCGUUCCAGAGCUCUGGUCGGAUCCCGAGGUGUGCGUAUCCGGAGAUACCGCUUCUGCACAUGCGUGCAGUUUAACACUUCUACGUUAAAAAUACUCCCAGGUUUGCUGCGCAUGUAUCCCAAAGGAUAUGUAACCGGAGGUGAACAUAAGUAGAGGUACCACUGUACUGAGCAACUAUCCAAAGUGAAACGUACACUUAAAUUUGUUUAAGCCCACUGAAAUUGAUGGACAAGCAUACCUAACUGAAUUGGAUUGUGCUUGAAAUGACUAUGAUUCAAAUUGUAAGAAUAUUAAGAUAUGCACUGAAGUGAACAUGAAAUAUUACACACACAGCAUGCAGAAUCAUAGAACUUACUGCUUCCAUUUUCAGUGAUCAUUCUAUUCAAACAUUUAUUGUUAUCUUAGUACAUUUGUGUAGCCAAGGAGAGAUUGUUUGCAUAGAGAAAGUAUUGUGUGAUCUAGCCCUGUAUUGAAUAGAAAGUUGACAGAAUUCUGCACCCCCCAAAAGGUGUCCCUGUUCAUUUGAAAUAUUCACUGAUGGUUCUUAGGUAACAGUGUUUGUUUGUUUAUUGAAGUUUUUUAUUUACUAAGAAAAAUACAUAUACAGUAUUCAGAUAGAUUUCUUUAAAAAUGGAACAUAUUGAAAUCUCUUGUUAUCUUGACUUUAUUUAGGCUAGCAAAAAUAAACUAGAUGUGUAAAUAGAAAUACAAAGGGUCAAAAGCCAUCUCAUGGUUGAACUUUGAAAUCUUAGCCUCUAACUUAACUGUAGUAUGAUUAAAUACUGUAGAAUAGUUUGACUAGUGAAAAUAUCUGUUCGGCCCAACUUCAGAGCAAAUUUAGAUUUCUGAUAACAUUUUAAUAAAUUUUAUCUUUACAGGAUAUUUUAUUACCCACAUGUAGAAAAUGAUAAUUUUUCUUUGUGUUUAGCUUGUUGUUUUACUUGUACAAGACAGGCUCUCAAAGACACUUUCUGAGAUUCAGCUGGACAGUUGCAUUUUCCAGCUCAGUACAGCCUGCCAACCUCAUGCUCCGUUUGUGUUUUUACAGAUUGUGGGCUGCUCAUUGCAGAAAGAUACAGCUGAAAAAGGGUAAGCAUAUUUACAUUCUACUUUAUGUCCAGAAAUUCUCAGAUGGUGUUUCUUUUAAAUAACAAUAAUACUGAACAACCUGGGAAACCAGAGCAUACAAAUCCCUCUUCCAGGGAAUCCUUGUAAACAAGUGUUCUCCCUUUCACACAUGGCAGUUUCCUGUCUCUCAGGGCUUCCCAGUUGAUUUCAGGGAAGCAAACUGUAUCCCCCCCUAGUAAGGAAUGUGUGCAUAGGAACAUGAGUCCUGGUGAGCAGGAAGAUUUAUAUGUCUAUUGCAGGUGGGGUGCUGAAUUGCAAAGAAGAGGUAGGCUUUAAAGAUAGUUUGAGAGAGAUGAAAAAGUAUAAGAUGCUUUCUUGUUAAUUGUGACUUCUCUAUAUGUACAUGUGUUCUAUCUCUGUAGGCUUUUGAUUCUAAAAAUAAAAUUGUGGCUUUGUCAUCUAGAUUUGCAUUAUCUGUUAUGCUGCAAAUACGCUGUGAAAUAGACAUGUUUGCAGUAUUAUGUUAAUUUACAAGCAUGGAAAUGCUUCCUCUGUAAUACAUUCAUAACGGUGUAACCUUAAUACAUUGUAAAGUAAUGAGGCCAAGACAAGUAAACUCGGUUAAAGUCCUAGGUUCAUUUUACAGUACGUUCAUCUGUUCUAACUUGAAACUUUAAGUAUUAUAGCUACGGUUUUCAGAGGAUCUUUUCUAUCAAAUGCCAUUUUCUUAAAUUUGUCUUAAUGUUAUUUUUUUAUUCAGAUGGGUCAUCCAAUCAUGUUUACAACUACCAGCCAUGUGAUCACCCACGUCAGCCUUGUGACAGCUCGUGUCCCUGUGUAAUUGCUCAAAAUUUCUGUGAGAAGUUCUGUCAGUGCAGUUCAGAAUGUAAGUCAUUUUGGAAAUGGGUAUAUUGUAUGAGAGUCAAUGCUUCGAUGAGUUGGUGGAAUUUAAAAGCUCUGGAAAGUUUCAUGUCUUGUAGGGAUGGAAGUGUUCAGACCAAAGUAGAUGCAGUGUUCCUCACCAAAUACGUUAGCGGUUUGCAGAUGGUGAAAAGUUUAAAGGGCUCUGUCCCAGGAAGUUCUGAGAGAGCCAUUUUGCUAUGACUAUUUUCAAAUUUGACUUUUGUCUACAUCUUUUUUUUUGGCAUGUUAAAGAAAGUUAUUGUUGCUAUAUGAGAAAUGAAGACAGCUCCAGCUACGUACAGGCAACUCCCCAUUUGCAUGUGUUCAAGGCACGCACAACCCCUGACAUGUGCACUGUUUUCGGAUCCGGAAGGGGGCGGGCUGACACGCAUGGUGCCUCAGAACACAACCCCCACGCCAAUGGGGAGCUGCCUGUAGAUGAUUGCCUAUUUGAAAAUACUGUCUGCCACUUCAGAGAUUUAUCAGGUCUCAUGUUGCAUGAAAUAAAUUUACUAGUGUGAAAAUAAAUUUAUUUUAAUGUACUAAGCAUAUCAAAUUGAAGCUUAAAUGACAUUUGUAACUUUUCAAAUGAACAAAAUUCAGGUACAGGGCAGGUCUGUUCUAUGCAAAAUACAAUGUUGGCCAAGCUGCUCAUUCUUCCUGCUUUGUUCUUCUUAAAGGCCAAAACAGGUUUCCCGGCUGCCGCUGCAAAGCUCAGUGCAACACGAAGCAGUGUCCUUGCUACUUGGCUGUGCGUGAGUGUGAUCCAGACCUUUGCUUGACAUGCGGAGCAGCAGAUCACUGGGACAGCAAAAAUGUGUCUUGCAAGAACUGCAGCAUUCAGCGAGGAUCCAAAAAGGUGCUUCCACUUUUUAUGCUAAUCCCCAACAGCUCAGGAAAACGCCUCCCACUAUAAAAGCAAGUGCUUUCUUGGCCAACAGUUUGGAAUAUGGUUUCUACUUAAACCAAAUUGUAUAGCACCACGUAGAUUCCUUUAGAACUUUCACAUUGGCCGUUUCUAAUUUUUGACCCCUAGGGUGAUUAACGCUUGUAAUUCGUUUCAUGGGAUGCUGGAAACGGUGGAUUGGGUAUUUCCUCUCACAUGACCUAUGGCAGGAGCAGAGACUUGUGGGAGGCAGGCACUUCCUCCUCAGUUUUUUCUCCUGCCUGACUCAGUAGUAUAGUUCGCCUGGCUCUCCUGCUUCUUCAGAUAAGUUUUUCAAUUUGGAUCUCAUUUUAUUGUUGCUUUAUUUUAUCUAAUCUUCCUUAGUUUUAGCAACUUAACACCUGUCUUUGAGUCUUGCACUCAAAGACACACACACACACGCACAUAAUAUUUUUUAGAAUAUAUAUCUUCCAAAAAAUAUUUUGUCCCUCCCUGCCACCAUUUUUUCCCUUUAGCAACCUUAGUUCUUCUCGUUUUUAUUUUAUUUAGUUUACUUUCUUGCAGAGCGUCCCUGUAUACUGCUCUCCUACAGGGUCGCUGAAUAUGCUUGUUUUUUGCACACUGUGGCUCCGUUUUGCCGUGUGCCAUUUUACAGAUCAGAUUUAAAGAUAAGUUGGGGGGGCGGAAUCCUACCUGAGGUUUUUUGCAAUUGCAUCUCACUUUCAGUGGCCGCUGGCUCCAUAUCACCACCUCAUUUCUUUGGUGAUUUCUACAGCCUUUAGCCAUUAUUUUCUGUAUCAUUUAAGGCUUCAUAUUGACUGCUCUCCUAGUCCGUGGUACAGCAGAAGGAGUAGGGGUUAUUGUUCCUCAGCAGUAUAUUCUCCUCCCGGUUCGCAGUUGUGGUGAUGGAGUGAGCAGGCACUUAUAGAUUGCUUCUGAACCUCCUAGUUAAGGAGUGGUUCAUUCAUUCAUUCAUUAUUAUUCUUUACGCUUAUUAUUCUGUGACUUGCGGUCUAUUUCCUCCUAGUCCACUUGUGACAGCAUUGGAGAGAUGUAUAUUUUUCCUUUUCCCAUAGUCCACUUUUGUGGCGUUGGAAGUGAACGCUACUCAGGCUGCGUGCAGAACAACUUCAUUUGUUUCCAUUUAUUGAUUUAUUAUGGAGCCUAUACAAGGAGCCCCUGAACCUCUUCCCAAAAAGGCUAAACCAAAGCUUAAACACGUCCUACCCUCUAAGGGAAAUAGGCACAAUGAAGCUUCUACUACUUCUGUUGCCCCAAGAAAAAAUAUUUCGACUGCAGUUUUAUUGCAAGCUAAUGAGCCUGGCCCUCCACAGACUCCAGUUCAUAGGAAUCAGUCUGUGUGUGUUGCUAUUGAUUCUGCUCUUCCACCCUAUGUUACUGGAAGGGACGUUAUAGAAGAUAUAUCUGAUUCUGAACCAGAAAUGUUAGGAUUCACGGGUGACCAGGGUGCAAAAGGGUCUUUAACAUCACUCUCAGACCAGGCCAGCUUCCUCAGCUCCCAUCUUUCCAUUCACUCUAAUUGAACAGUUGAAACAGGGACCGAUUGCUUCAUUAUCAGAGGAUUUACAGUUUAACAUACAACCUAAAAAAUCUACCUCUGUGGUUAAAAAGGUGACCUCCUCUCAACGUGUGGCUAAAUCGGGGGGGGGGGGCUCUGUACCCAAUCCAUUUCCCUCUAUGGGGGAGGAUUUAUCUGAUGCUGAGGACGUAGCACUUUCUUCCCAAAUAUCUUUUCUAGAGUCAGAAAUUGAGGCGGAGUGGAUUGAUAGUUCUGUCUUUCCACUAGAUUGUUCCAGAAUGCUCCUAUUUUAAAAGGCAAAAUGCAUACUGCAUGCACUGGAAAUGGCCCCCAAGCCUACCACAAUUCCCAGUCCUGCCUCUGAGAGUCCAGUUACUUUGCUCAUUGAUAACCGCACAAAAUCUAACUAUAUGCUAGUUCCUUCAGUGCUAAAAACAGUAGUCAAAUCAGAGUUGGAUUCCCCUAUGCAGUCCAAAAAGAAUUUAUCUCUAGCCUGUAAACUAUAUGAUCUGGAUCCUGACUUCAUAUCAUAUAUUAAGACACCUACAGUAGACAGUCCUGUUUUACUUUUGUCUUCUUGGAAUCUUGUUCCUAAAGAAAGAGACGCCCAAUUGAAGGAUGUAACUGAUAGGAAGUUGGAGUUUGCACUUCGAAAAAUCCAAGCUGCAGCUGCCCUGUCUAUAAGGGCAUCUUGCGCAGCAUCUUCCUCUGCACACGCUGGCAUUGUGUGCACUCCCUUCCCCCAGGUGCCAUUCAUCAGUGCCAAGCCAUUUCUAAACCUUUACAAGCACAAGCCUUUAUGGCAGACGCAUCUAUGGACACACAAUUUGCAACUAGAGCUAUGGCCUCUCAAAUAGUGGCACACUGCAUGGUUUGGCUUAAGAACAGGCAUGCUGAUUCCGCAUCCAAAGUAAAGCUCUCUACUGUGUCCUUUGCUUAGGAGCAAAGGUCACUUCAGUUUCCUUAGCUAGAGGGAUUAGGGUGUGCAUUUUCUUAGCUUAUGAUACUAUGAAAUUGCCCCACCCAUCUCAUAUUUUGCGCAGUCCUCUGGGUCAGCCUCGACUUCUGCUGCCUUUAUGGCUGAUGCCACUUCAAUAGAGAGUUGUAGGGCAGCCACUUGGUCUCCUCCUUCCACUUUCACUAGGCAUUGUGAGUUAAACUAAAUGUCUUCAGCUCAGGCAGCUUUUGGCCGUACAGUGUAUACCAAGUUUGGUAAUCAGUGUGUCAGCCGUGUGGACCCACCCAGUUAUUGGGAAGUGCUGUGGUAUGUCCCAAUCCACUGUUCCCAGCGUCCCAUGAAAUAAAUAGAACAAUUGGCUUACCUGAAGUGUAGAUUUCUUAAAUCGGGACGCUGGGGACAGUGGAACCAUCCCUGUGAUGGUCUGAAGUCACACUGGUUUUUUUCCCUAUAAGAGGGGUGCUCAGUUGCUGCUGUAUGAAUUGAUUUAUGAGCCGGGAAGGGAGGGAGGCUGCUAUUCUUUCAGGUGCUUCGGUGAACAUUGCUGCUUGGCAAAUCCAAAAAACUGAGGAAGUGCCUGCCUCCCACAAGUCUUUGCUCCUGCCUGAGGUCAUGUGAGAGGAAAUACCCAAUCCACUGUCCUCAGUGUCCCCAUUUCACAAAUCUACACUUCAGGUAAACCAAUCUUUCCUUUUAACUGCUUAAUGAUGACAACAGCAAGUGGGGAUUUGUACAGACACCACUACUUGUGAUUGUAGGUUCAUGCAUGUGUGAACUGCUUCCGUGCAAAAACCACCUGCACUCUAAUAAGGAUUGGUCCAUAAUACCGCCAAAUAUGGGUUAACUACCCCCCCCAAUCCUAGGCCACCUUUGAAGAAUUUGUUCAUGAUAGCUUAAGUAGCUUAGUUUGCAUGUAAUGCUAAGCCCCAAACCAUGAUGUUGCACACAGAGGCAAGGAUGCGGGUUCCUUAUCCAGCGAUCACGACAGCAGCACUCCUCUCCCAGACCUGCUGCUCCCUGGCUUCUUGGGGCUAAGCUAUGGUUUAGUGUUGUUUGAACUUGGGCUCAUGGUUUGUCUUGCUCUAGACAUACCAUGAGAAGCCAGCAAGGUUUGUUCUUACAACUUGAGGUUUCUGGGGAAGACAAAUUGCAAGCUUGGGUUCAGGUGUAAUGCUAAGACAAGCCAUAGUUUAGCCCCAGAUAGAAUGGCCUGGGAGUGGGCUGCAGCUGCUGCUGCUGCUGCCGCUGCUGCUGCUGCAAUCCUUGCUCCAGGAACCCACAAAUGUGUUUGUUCACACUAAGCUGUGGUUUGUCUUAUUGUUAUGUGUGAACUGGGCCAUUCUUGUAGCAGGCAGGAAACUGGGGGGAGGGGAGCAUUCAAGAACAUUCAAGAGCAUUCGUUUCCUGCUUGGCAGGGGGUUGGACUCGAUGGCCCUUGUGGUCUCUUCCAACUGUAUGAUUCUAAGAACUGGCUUUGUACUUGCUGUUGAAUUCCUGCUCCCAUCAGCCCCAGCCACUGGGGUCAGGGGUCAGGGCUGGUGGGAGCUGCAGCCCCACGUCAGGAGAGUCACAGAUUCCCUGCUCUAGGGAUUGCUACAUUAAUUUCAACAGAAAUUAGCAGAUUCAGAAUUCUUGUGAACAGGUAGUUCUAAAGUAACAUAACUAUCAAGAAGAUUGCUACCUAAUCUUUCAUUUGUCACUUGCAAAGCCCUUCCUCUAUCCCAAUACUGAACUUCCCUCUUGCUUGCUUUCCCACUUGUGGCAGUGCUGGAGAGAUCUCUACAGCAGAGAUGCACAGCUCAAAAAACUUCUAAGUUCCGUUCAUUAUUUAAUGUCUGAAAAGUGGCCACAUGCUUUCUAAAUAAUAAUUUUAUGUAUUUAAAUAAAACCAGGAUUAGAGGUUAUGGCAAUAUAAUUCACAUAUUAUUAAUCUCCAGAUACUGAUUUUGGUGGGAAAAUAAAAUACAUGACGGUAGAGCUGUGAACACACACAGCAGCAGAGGUGAACUAGUUAUAUAAAAUAAAUGCUAUACACUGCUAGAAGAAUGGUCUACGGCCUGCCUUACAUGGGAGCAUGCUCUGCAGGGAUUAGCUCUUGGGAUCGUUCUGUACCACCUGAGACAGUCAUUGUGUGCACACCCAGGUUCCAUUCCUGGCGGCGUGGCUUGCAGAGCAGGACUCAUUCUGGCAAGGAAGCUUUGGGGAGGAGAUGCCCUCCUCCUCUGGAACAUGCCAGCCCUUCUGUGAGUCUCAGCCAGAGUGUGACACUAUUCACCCAAGUAGACUGCUGACAGGAACAUUUGUCUGAGCAAAGCAAGUGUUACUUUACUCCAGCUGGUUUCUUUUUCUGUAACAGCUGCAUAGGUAUUUGGAUAGAGUUACAUCUUUUCUGCAUGUUUAAGGGGCUUCCUUUUUCAUUCUGCUAGCAUUUGCUGCUAGCACCUUCUGAUGUGGCAGGCUGGGGCAUUUUCAUUAAGGAUCCAGUGCAGAAAAAUGAAUUCAUCUCUGAAUAUUGUGGUGAGGUAAGAAACAAAAUUUGAAUAAAGUUAGCCUUUUCAUCUACUACUUCAUAAUCCAAUCUUCAGGAAAGUCCUCUGUAUUGCAUGCCUCUUAGUUAAUACAGUGGAGCUUCCGGAUACGAACUUAAUUUGUCGCGGGGGUCCGUACUUAACCCCAAAAAAUCCUUAUCGGGAGGCGCCACUUCUGCACAUGCGUGCACAGCAAAACCCAGAAGUAUACAUUUUCUGGGUUUGCUGCAUUCGUAACUCAAAACUAUGUUACCAGAAGGUAACGUAACCCAAGGUACCACUGUAAUUCUGCUGUAUGUCAAGCUGCAGUUCCUCAGCCCUUUUUCAAAUAAAUCAUGACUUUGAGAGACAGCAGGGACAGAUGUGAAAAAGAGAGUAACUUGAUUUUUAUGCUGUUGGUGCAGAUAGCCUAAAGCAGUAGCAGACUUGCAAAUGCUGACGGAAUGUGGUGGUGGAGGAUGAUAAAUUACUAUUUUUUAAAAAAUCCCACCUUCCUAUUUACAUGAUAAGAUGCCUUUCAGGGUGUACCAAUAAGCAAUACAAAUCUUCAAUAAAAAUGUAUCAACUUUAUUGUUUUAACAUAUCAGCAUGAAGUACUGCAUGCCAAGGUUUAAACUGAGUAUUAGGAUACUCUUUCCCUAUAAUCUUAUUAAAAGUCAGUUUUGGCAUGCAACUGCUGGAAAUAUCUAAAUAUAGUGUUACCUUGUUUCCCGAACUCAAUCCAUUCUGGAAGUCCGUUGGAUUUGUAAAACGUUCAUAAACCAGGACGCAGCUUCCAAUUGGUUGAUUAGCCCUGGAAAUAAUGCUGACAGCUGAAAUUGACAUUUGGGUUCCAAAAAGCGUUCGCAAACUUACUUCCGGGUUUGCGCCAUUCGGGAGCCGAUUUGUUUGGGAGCCAAGCCGUUUAGGAACCAAGGUACCACUGUGUCUGAAUGCACCUGCCUAGAAGGCACACAGGUUUGAUCUGGCUUUGAGUCCUGUGAGACUUUCUGCAAAAGUUGCCAAAAGGCAGUUUCUCUACUCAACUGCUGAAUCAGCAAUCGCGUAAAGAUAGCUGGUAAUUUGGGGGAUGAGAGACAGUUCUGUUUUUGCAUGUUACCAAAACAAUGUCAAAUAAAUCUUCCUUUCAGAUAAUUUCUCAGGAUGAAGCAGACAGACGAGGCAAAGUAUAUGACAAAUAUAUGUGCAGUUUUCUCUUCAAUCUGAAUAACGGUAUGUGUGCUACUCUUAAUCCCUCCACUAUUUAGCCUCUCUUGGGAUAUGAAAAAUUGCUUGUUUUCAUGUGACUGUUUCCAGCAAAGUGCAUCCUCAGGUUUCAGACAGUAGGAGGGGCAUGGGAUCAGAACAGCGUUUAUAUUUAAAUUAGCUACCUUGUUGGGGGUGUCAACAUUUAGUCCAGACUUGCAUAGAUCGUCACAACAAACCUUUUUAGGUGGUGUGAUAAACAAGGCUGGUAUAUAAGGAAAGCAGAGCCGUGAUGUAGCCUGUGGGGGUGGGGGGCACAGGAGUGGUUGCUGCUGAAAACAGCUUCUCCAUGUGAACCAGGAAGUGACCUCUCCAGACAAUGGAACAUCUUUUCUUAUCUCUGCGGCUGCAAUCGGCUGGGUGAUGUGGAUGCCGUUAGGCAGUUGAAUGCGCAGGCGCACUCCGUCCGUUUCCCUCCCACCCAGGCUACACCACUGAAGCAGAGAAAGCGUUUCAUUAAAAAACAUCCAUUGUUUGAAAUUAAAAACUUUUAAAAACGUGUGUAAGAUAAGCUUCUUGUAUAGCAUUAGACACGUAUGUAAGAUUACAAGUAAACAUUUUCAUAGAUAAACUGGCUGUGUUCAAUGUUAUUACAAGUUAAGCCAGAGACAAUAGCAUUUUAACUGUAGUGACAGUCUUCCAGAUAGCAAUUUCAGUGAAUAUUGCCAUAGUAUCCACUUUUCAGUCUGUUGCAGACAUUUUAACAACAGUCUUUUUAUUUAGAUUUUGUGGUUGAUGCAACAAGGAAGGGUAACAAAAUAAGAUUUGCAAACCAUUCAGUCAAUCCCAACUGCUAUGCAAAAGGUGAGUGUUUAUACAUUUUACGGGAGUAUAGCUAAAUGAGCAAGGAAUCCGAUUAGCACUCAAGAUAUUUAAAAAGCCUUGCACCAACUUCACUUUUUGUUUUACAGUUAUGAUGGUUAAUGGAGAUCACAGAAUAGGCAUAUUUGCUAAGAGAGCCAUUCAGACUGGUGAAGAACUGUUUUUUGAUUAUAGGUAUGUAUAGCGUGUUCAAUACCAACCACAUUUCUCAUUCAACAGCCCAAAUUUAUCAAGUGUUUCAGAGUUUAGGUCUUGGGAAUGCAACCCGCUGAUCAUUUUACCAAGAAGGAAAUGCCGAAAGUGUGGUAGCCAAAGAACUAGCAGAUGACAGAAAUGAUUGACUACAGGAGUCAUUUCUGUGCCACCCAGAAAAUGUUUCUGCCCUGACACCCAACAGCACUUGCUCCAGCCUGGGAUCUUCCACAACUGUCCUGCUAAUCUGACUUGACUUAUGUAGAGGUUUUGAGUGGUAAACUCAAUUUGCAGACAAAUUGCUUUUCAUCUUUAUUUUUCCUUUUGUUUUGACACUUUAGAAACUCCUAAAUUUAACAAAUCAAUUUGUACUUUGUUUCAGAUACAGCCAGGCUGAUGCCCUCAAGUAUGUAGGCAUUGAAAGAGAAAUGGAGAUCCCUUGA